AGUUGAGACCGUUGAGAGAUUUGAAGAAUCAGCACAAGAACAUCACAAGAGUAAACGACAGGGCUAUGUGUGUAAAGACCACCAAAGACAUCUCAAUAUGAGCAAAGAAUGAAUGAGGUAAAAAGGAACCACAAGCAAGUGAAUAAAAAGAAAAAAGGCUAAAGAAUGACAAACUGAAAGGAAACAAAAGCCACAGGUCAUUGACAUGCAGGUAAGAAGAGCUGAAUUGCAUUUAUUUCCUUCCUUUGGCUAAAAAUUACAGUUUUACUCUUCUAUCAUGUUGCAGAAAACUAUGCUUCAAUUUCUUUUCAUUCAUCUGUGUAAAUUCCUGGCCGUAUGUUUGUACGCAAACAAUUAGCAUUACAGGAUUCCAAUAUAGAAAUGUUUUCCUAUCUAUAUAUGUCAUUACAUGAACUCUUGUGGAAAGUACUAGCAGCUUAUUUUAAUUCUGCUUACAAAUUCUUCUAGACCCAGCAGUAACAGUUAUAUAUAAGAUUUUGAGGCUGCUCAGUCACAAGUCUCUCUAAGCAGGGUCAGUGUAUCCUCUUUUGCCACUUGAGGCGAAAUGGGAAGUGCCCCCCGCCCUGCUGCAACCCCCACUGAAGCAUCCCUUAGCUGGGUUGUACAGCAGCAGCAGGUUCUGGUGAGAUCUCACAAGAGCUCACAGACAUCUUGUAGAAAAUUGGUGCUUGCUUCCCCACAGGUGGCGGCAGGGCAGUUGGGGCAGGAUCCUGCAGGAAUGCUGCCUUGGGGGCUUCCACUGCCCCCACCUGCUACAUCCCACCUGUCUCUAAGUGGUGUACAUAAUAAAAUUAUUGAUAAAACACAGCUGAAUUCCACAAACUACUAAAAAAACCUUAUUAUUAUUAGUAACAAAAACACAUAAAAUCAGUAAAACGUUUAAUGCAAACAGAUAACUAAAUUAUAUGUCUGUUGAUAGAUGAAAAGUGGGUUUCUAGUGGUUUUCUAUUCAGUUCCCUGGCUCUGCCCCUGGUGUCUAGAUAGGAACUGGGAAAUAUUUCUGUCUGACACCUGGCAAGCAGCCGCUGGUUAGCAUUCACAAUACUGAACAAGAGGAACUGAUUUGUUGGUUGAUGACUUGGUAGAAACAGCUUCCUGUGUUCCAGUUCAAGAGGAAGAUAGAUUCCCUUUAGCAAUUCACAGCAUUGGCUUCUUUCUAAAUUUUGAACGUUUUUGCCACCAUACUUUCUAAUUUAAGCUGUAAUCAUACAAGCCAUCUUUUAUUUGAAAAUAUGUUUAUUAUAUGCAAUCAUAGAAGUCAUCUUUAACACAAAACCAAAAAACCCAAAGAUGCGUAAAAUUCUACUAAAAUAUUGUACAGUGCAAUCUAGUUGUUGCCCACUUCAUCCUUAGACUAUGGGUAGUAUAAUAUUCUAUUUAUGUUAAGUAUUUAUGAGUUGCUCUUUGAGUAAAAAUAUCCAAAGCAACAUAUAAACAACAUCAAAGAGGACGUGACCCUUUUAGCAUUGUGCUAGCUGCCUGCCUGGUUUGCAAUUCAAAUUGCAACGCUGACUCCCAGCAUCAGAGUCUGGCUUUGCCUUGCUUCAGGGCGUAUUUGCUACUUUCACGGCAUGUUUUCAGUCUUUGGGUGGAAAAUGAAGAGUCAGAACUUCCCUUUCUAGACAAGCAAUUUUUUGAGGGUAACUAUGGGGGGUGGGUGGUUAGACGACGCACCAGGGGCAAGCCAAGAUCCUGGAGGUGGGUCGCAGCAGCCCAGCCUAUCCUUCCCUCUCUUUGCACUCGCGCGCGCCCCUAUUCCAUUCCCUAUUAUAGAAGCGCUUCCGGCGGCGUGGACCAACCUGACAUCAUCCCCCGCACCCCGGUGACGUCAGCGCCGGGAGCAGUGUGUGACGGCGAUGCGUAGGGGAGCGUGGUGACGUGCCCUAUUUAAAGGUCCCCGAGCAGAGGAUGGAGGCAGAAUAAGCAGGUGCUGCCGCGCGGGGGGAUCGUGGUUGCGGAGUAGCCGAGAGAAGACAUUGCACCGCUCAGCCCCGCAGGGAGAGAGCUGGGCCCGAGUGGAGGGGCAGACCCCGCGCCUAGCUUGGGCUGCUUACGCGCCGCUGCAGCCGCAGCCCUUCCACCGUCGCGCUUUUUUAAUUGUAUUUUUUUUUUGUUUGGGUGGCUGCGGGCGCCGGUGGGAGGGACCGAGCGAAAGGAGAGCGGGGCGCCCGUCUGUUCUCUGGCGCCUCCAGCUCUGAGCGCCGCCCUCCCGGCUCUCCCCCCUCACGCCCCCAGCCUGUCCUGCGCGGGAAACCGGCAGAGGGAGAGAGUGAGGGAGCAACCGACUGAGGCGGAGGCGUGUGCGAGGGCGGGGAGAGGAGGAGGGGGAGGAGGUGUGAGGCGGGAGGAUGUGAGCGGGCGGCGCGGAGAGGCUUUUGCGGGCAGGGAAGAGCCUGAGCGGCCGGGCACGGAUUGACCCUGCGGUUGGAGAGCCCCGCGCCUUGACUGCCUGCCCGUCGGGGGAACGGUGCCUGAGGUGUUGUAGGGGCAAGCGCCCUCCUCCUCCUCCUCCUCCCGCUGUCGCCGCAGCAGCCCGCGCUGUGGCCCCGCUGCUGCAGAGAGGGGCGCGAGGGGGCUCUGCUGCUAUCGACGCGGUUACCACCACCGCCACUCCUCCUCCUUUUUCUCCUCCCGCCUCGCUGCUGCUGCUGCUGCUGCUGCUGUGAAUGAUUGAUCUGCCAGCUCCGAGCCGGAGGAAGAUGCUCCCCCGCUGCAGAAACAGGCGUGCCUGAAGGGGGACCCGCCACAUCUCCUGCCGCCUCUCCCCUUUAGCCCCCCACGUCUUCAUCAUCCCUCCCUUGCAAGGGAUGCGCGGCCGGUGCCCUGCCUCAGCCGCCGUUUUACCGGAGCCCGAUGUCAGCGCCGGCGAAACGGCUUCUUCCUCCGCCGCCGCCGCCGCCUCCCGCUGCUGCUGCUGCCGCUGUCGCCGCUGCUGCUUGGGAAAAUGAAGCGACACCCCCCAUUCUGCUGCUGCUGCUGCUGCCGGCGGGGGUGUUAGAAGGAAGGGCGGCGCGGAGCGCUGCGCACACCGCAAGCCCCCCAAUCCCGCUCUGCACCUGAGACGGACGGCGAUUCGGGGCUCUCGCCGCCGCUCCAGGGCAUUUGUGUUAACUGCCGACGGCGUAAGCGCUGCUGUGGGGUUUCUAAUCCCCCCCCACCUCCUCCCUGCAGAAGGAGAGUUGGCUUGGUGCUGCUGCUUCUACCUCCUGUCCGCCGCCUCCUGGCAGGGAGCUGGAGCUGCCCCUGGACCCCGUGGUGCAGGGGGUGCGGAGGAGACUGGCUCCGGGAGGCUAUGGGGGAGAGUCCCCUCGGGCCGACUCCCUAGCCAGACUCCCUGUCUUCUCUACAUAAGGGUUUCUUCCCCCUCCCCCGGCCACGCUCCCACAUGCCUGUAGACUCUAGCGUUUAAAAUUCUGCUGAGAAGGAUUAUAGGGCCCCGUGGAUUUCGUGGAAACACCUGGGAUCUACUACAGGAAAAGGCAGAAAACCAGACCGAGGAGGAGUAUCAGCACUGCUAACUAGCUGGGGUCCAGUUGCCGCGUUGUAAAAGUGCAAGGCUAAUCCAUUUAGGAAUUGGUCUGCUUAAACGACUCACAUAGCACGUCUCCAUUGGUCAUCAUGGGGUAAGGAUUUCAUACUGAAUCUAGGAGUUGUAAAGGAGGGAAGUGGGUGUCUUUAACAUGUCCAGUUUCCAUUAAGUCUGGAAUGCUUGCCUUUUAAAGAUAGGCCGCGUCAUUUCCACUAUUAUCUGUAAGAGAGGCACUGUAAUAGGUAACUAUGUUGGAAUUUAAAUCAGAACUAAGACUACCUUCCGUAAUAGCUUAGUAAAUAUCUUGCUUCUUGGUUAGCAGCACUGAGAAAUGUCACAACGGCAGUGAAACCAGAGACUUAUUUAUUCAGCUUUGAAUAUGUAUAACGUUAAAUAUUACUGGAAUGCUUCAGCCAUAAAACAGGAAACAUUUGUUGCUCUUGUUUUGUCAGCCAGGUCUGACACUUAAUCAGUGAUCCUGUUUUCCAUAAGUACUAGAAAGAUAAUGGAAAGAGGAAUAAUAUACAGACUCUCUUUUCCUGCAAGCAGUUAACACUCUGAGAAGAUCCUCUUUAGUCAAAAUAUUUUAAAAUGCUGGGGAUUUUUUUUAGCCCUGCUGGUUGCUUUCAAAAGUGAGGAAAAUGGCUCCUUAAGCAGCUUGUGGGUUGGGUGAAUGGCUGUUCCAAAGUAGUUUGAACACUACUGUACUACCUUUUUGUUGAUGGUGCCAACCACCAGUACAGCUAUGAGAGUUUUUGAAAGUGCCACUUAAUGCAUACAGUAUACAUAUGUGUAUUUUUGCAGUUGUGGAAUCUGUAUUGGCUGGAAUGUGCAUGGAGUUUUUUUGGUUUUUUAAAGAUGAUAUUCUGCUUUCUAUCCUUGGUUAAUAAUAUUCUUAUUUUACACAUUCCCCUCUCCUCCCCCAAAGAAUCUAAGGAUCAUGUGAUAGCUCAGCUGGUAGAGCAUGAGACUCUUAAUCUCAGGGUGGUGGGUUUGAGCCCCACGUUGGGCAAAAAAUUCCUGCAUUGCAGGGGUUGGACUAGAUGAUCCUUGUGGUCCCUUCUAACUCCACAAUUCUAUGAUUCUAUGUGUGAUAUGAACUGUAAUCUAGAUGCUUCUUAUGUAUCAAGAUAAUGUGUGGUUAGUUUACAUAGUAAAGUGCAUGUCAUGGUUAACUAGUGAAAGGCAACAAAUAGUACUGUAUGGUUUCUGGUUUCUGUUCUCCUAUGCUUACGGUGUCUGUAGGGCUCGGUCAUUAACUAAUUGUCCUGGAUGAUUUCUUCAAGAAGGCAAAGGAGGGGCCAGCACCUGAAACCCCACGCCCUAAAGUGCCCUGAAUUCAAGUUCUGUUGCUGCAAAUAUAACUUGCAGCACCUCUAUUUUUGUCUUCAAGUUGGCAGCUCAGGAGACCAGGCAGUAUCUUGGGCUAGGGAGAUGUGGUCCAAGUUUCUCAUUGUCAAGUAUACACAAUGAGCUUGCAAGCCAUGCUAGACCUUUCUUUAGUUGAUUGAACCCAGCGAAAGGAUUCAUUUGCAUGUGUAAUAUUUUGUGUACAGGUCUAAGCUAAUCAUAAUUUAACGUUCUCUUCGGUAGAUCCCUGUGUGCUGUGAAUUUUCAGUGAGCGUAAUUGCUAGGAAGCCAGAGACCUUAGCAGAGUAGAUGAGCACCUUUUUUCUGUUUCCUCUUAGAGUCACUGUGUGUAGAGUCUUGUUUCUCUCCUUUCUUGUUCUGCUUAAACCAGCCAGGGGCAUCUCAAUGGAAGAAAGGCAUGCAGAAAGAAGCUGCUGGUUUUCAGUUCACAAACUCCUUCCCUAAACUGUCUUUUUAUCUAUGAGAGAUGGAGAGGAUAGGGAAGAAAGUAACAAGGGCUAAGCACCUACCUACCCACAUAGGCAUUGGGUUUUUUAAAAAAUAAGAAGAAAUAACUAUAAAAUAUUGCUUAAUCUAUAACUUGAGAUUUAGUGUACCUUGAUUGCACCAAGUAGUAGAAUGCCAACUUUCCAUCUUCAGUCUUUUCUGAAGCCUGAGACUGCAUGCUUAGGUUUUCUUUGCUUGCUGGGACAAUCAGUCGUGCCUGUAGAUUUCCAUGGCUUUUCCACUUCAUGGGAUUUUGUGGCCUUGCUUUCUUUCUCUCUCGCUUUUGGUCUACUUGGAUCUGAGCUUCAGUAUUGCCAUUGAAUGGUUUGUGUUUUAUUUUAGAAAACCUGCUUCUGGCCUCGAAGAACCUAAUCUAUUACAUCCUAAAUCUAAAGGCCCGAAUCUAUGUUGCAUGCAAAAAGGCCUGAUGACCCCACCACUUCUGUAACAUGGCUCUUCUUGGGACAACAAAAAGAUUCUAGUGUUCACUUACAUGCUUUUUUGUGUAACAUUUAAAUGCUGCCAGCACAGUUAUUAGAAUGUGGAUUCCAGUGAAAUCAGUGGGAUAUUUACAACAUACUGCAUAUGUUUUGUACUGAAGAACAAAGCACAGAAAAUCUAAGGCAUUAAAAAUUCUUCCCAUUUGCCAAAGGACCUUGAAGCUUUACAGAUAUUCCUUAGGAAGUUGUUAGUUGGUUGGAUACACCUAGAAGCAAACAUUUGCAUCUACAUGCAGGGAAUAUAGCUCCCUGAUCUUAAGCUUUGUUAAAACUGCCCAUUCCAAAAUGCCUCUGUGUAGCAUUCAGGUCAUUUGUUUUCUGUCUGCUACUUGCCUUAGCCACCCAUGUGAAAAGUUUUUCCCUCAUGUGCUGUAGAUUUGCCAAAUACUUCCCCAACCUGGUUCACUUCAGACUUUGUUGGACUCCAGCUCUCUCAUAACUCCAGACAGCAUGGCCAGUUGUCGGGGAUAAUGGAAGUAUUUACUGGAAAGGUGGGCCAGACUAGUUUUGGGGAGUGUGUUUUGACAUCUCAAAUCAUUGUCAGAUGUUUUUCCUCUUUUGUCAUUCUGUCCAUACAUAUCCAUAAAUUAACUGAAACUUCUUGAUCAUUCCAUAUCACAUGGUCCAACUUUUUUACCUCAUGUCAUCCAAUUUUCUUAAGAUUUUGUACACUUGUUGAAUGAUCAAAACUAAGUUUAGCAACAAAAUAGAUAUCAAACAACAUUAUGACACUGCUGGAACUGUUUAACUGGUGCCAAGAUAACAUCCUUUCUAUCUAGUUCUUAUUUUCAACAAAUGAGGAGUACAGAAAAGAAGAAAUGCUCCUAAAAUGACAAAAAGAGUGAAAGUGAUCAAGGGGAAACACAAGGAUUUCAUUGCUACAUCCAGUCCAACAGAAAUUGUGACCAUGGUGUACUCCUUUAGCAAUGAGAGGGAGAAGUUUGACGUUGAAGGAGGUACAAAAUCUCUGGAUAUGGCUGAGAUAACUGGGUAUGCGACCUGUGAAUACAAGCAAACAUGGUUGUUGACCUAUGUGCUGGUGGACUAUAAAAGUGAAGAAGCAACUGUGACCUUCUUACACAUUUUCCCCAUAAUUUUGUUUGAUAUGCAUUUUGUUGUAAUGGUCACAAGAUGAAGUACUAACAAGAAUUCUUUCAAAGUGUUAAUUCUAUCAUGCAACAGCAAGCUAUCAAUCUGCUUUGGAAUACAUUUUUAAAAGAAAAGCCUGACUAGCUUUUCAGACACCUUUUAAAUGAAUACCUUUCUUAAAAAAUGCCUGUAGCGACUAACAUUAUAGUUGAAGUCUUGUUUAUUUUGUUAUAUUUUCCUCCUAGAAGACCCAUUUAUCCUAAAUAGAAGCCAAUAAGGCAGACAUGUAUGUACUAUAUAUAUAUAUGCAAUCCCAUUGAGAUCCCAAGAUAAAAUUUUGCAGAUAGCUAUUAGAAAUAUUAAAUAAUCAACACAGGUUUUGGGAAAUUUUUAAUCAUAUUUUUUAUCACUUUUUAAAUUUUGCAACUUAAAUUUAAAAUUUACAUUUUUAAGUAAGUCCACCAUGUGACAUAUCCUGUUAAAGCCCACAAAGUUCUGAAAAGAUUGGUGUUUUUAGUUUUGGUGUAUCUCAAUCCUGGGCUGAGCUUUAAAGGUUUUGAAAUUUCAAACCAUCAUAACUAAAAAAUGGGAUGAUAUGAAAAAUUAAAAUUUUAGAUUUAAACUUAGUUUUGAUCAUCCAACUAGUGUACAAAAUAUUAAGAAAAUUGGAUGACAUGAGGUAAAAAAGACGGAUCACUUGAUAUGGAAUGACCCUUCUGUUAUCUUGAUGGCAUUCUGUGAGUGCAUAACCCUUUGAAAAUAAUAAUAGUAUAGACUGGUAUAAUGUUUUUUUAAAACUGAAAACAGAACCUUUGUUGAACCUGUACGGCUUGCUAAAGACCAGCAACUGCUGGAGUGUAUAAUACUCUUAGUCAUGGAAUGGUGGUUGUUUUUAUCUACUCUUAUGCAAAAGCUAUAAUGAGCAGGCUUGAUCAUCUAGAGAAUCUUCCAUAGACUAUAUGUAUAAAAAGCCCAAUACAAAUGGAAGAAGAUAUCCACAACAAGUUGUGUUGAAUUAUGCCUAAGCCUUUUUGGCACCUGGCUGCAUUCCCAUCAGUCAUUGGGUUACUCUAAUUUUGACUCAGGUAUAUAUGAUAGCCAGCUGCUACAGACAUAACACUGCUGGAUAACAUUUCAUGUUUCUACAGAGUAUAUUAAUGAAAGCUCUAAAAUCAUGUUACCAAAAAGGCCAGACUAUAUGUGAUGGUAGCUCCUACUUGAGUUUAAAACCCCGAACUGCUCUAAUUGCAUAUUUGUUGUUGUUUUUAAGUAUUUAUAGGCUACUUUUUGAGGUAGGGGAGCCUGAGAUAGGGGUCUGGCCUAAGUGUGCAUUAGUGUGGGGCACUGAACUCUGUACUUUCCUUCCUGCAGCAUCUCUUCCUCAAGUACUGUUUUCUUUGGCUAGACGUCUGUACCAUAAAUGACAAUACUCAGUUGGACAAAAUGUGCUUGGAAUUAGGGACUGUUUUGGCCCCUUUUUCCUCUUAAAACCCACCCCUCUUUUCUAUGUGAUUGUGGGAGUAUUAUUUUUAAACACAAGGAGAGCUAUCAUCACUACCGCGGCCCUUUCAUCUUACAAGGUGAUGAUAAAGAUGUGCAGCCUAGCGCAUGGUUUGCCUGCAUAUGUUUGUGACAUUGUUAUUGCUUCCCUCUUUGCCCACACUGAGUUAGCAUGUGAAAAAUGACAAUCUGACCUAUGGUUUAUUAAAUGUAACCUGUAACUUACUAGGAGGUAUCUCCAUUGACAUGUGCUUAAAUCACAGAUGUAGUGGCAAAAAAUGCCACUAUUUAUUGCCUUUCGGAGACAGAAUGAUGUUGAAGACUGGCAAAUUAUUGCAGUUUUAAAUCUCUUCUUUUCAUAGAUUCCUGAAAAAUUCUUAGUUGCAGACCUAGACCAGAUAGUUUAUUACUGACAUGUGCAGAAAAAGGACUUGUUUUCUUCAAAAGCAAACAUGAGCAGCAUGGUUUGGCAUCUGAAAUUCUUCUAACUGUUGUCAGAUGUUUGUGUCUCUUGUUGUUCCAUUCAUACAUAGUAUUCAAUUAUCUGAAACUUCAGCUAUCUAGGUGGCAUUCUCUGAGUGAAUAAUCCUUUGUAAAUAGCACUCCCAUUUACUUGAACCUCUUAUUUGAAAUAUCUGUCCUGUCCCAAAGGCAAGUAGUCCCCCCCUUUCCCCAUGCAGCUUAAAGUGUAAAGUCUGGCAGAGAGAAAAUGAAAGAAGGAAGUAGUGCUCAGAGAGGCAUGGGCAGGGGCAGGUGGGUGUUUGCAAAUGCAGUGGUGGGAGUUGGGGAUGGAAAUUGAGGACUAAGCAGUGGCUUCAUUAAAGGGGGAUUUGGCAAGGAGGUGGCAUCACAUAGGUGUUCCAGGGUGGAAUUCCAGACCCAAGAGGCAAUGUUGAAGAAUGAUUAGUUCUAGAGUUUACUGUGGAGAGGUUGUUCAAAUUCCUUCUUGGGCAUAAAGGCUACAUCAUGAUCCUGAGUCAGCCAUUCUCUCUUUCUCAGGGCUGCUUUGAGGGAGGAAAUGGUGUAAGUUGUAUGUACAACAUGAUUUGUGUUGAUUGUAUUGACAAACAGUAAUAUGGAGUAAGGUGUCAUCGGGAUCUUAGGGUGAAAGGCAAGCAAUAAAUAAUUAAAUGAUGAUGAUGAUGAUGAUGAUGAUGAUGAUGAUACCCAGCUCUAAUUGUAACAUAUGAAUCAGGAAAUGUCAUGAAAGCCCUGGUUUGGUGCCUGGACUCUGUGGUGGGCUGUUGAGGGCCAAUAAACUGACUCUUAACCAUGACAGCUGUCCACGCAAUUAGUCAGUUGCCUGCUUUGGAAAGAGUGGGCUCCCCUCAUAGAGCAGGCUUGUAGUCAGGGAAUGUUCCUGGAUCCAUCUUCACCACUAGAGGUCCAGCUGACCUCAGUGGCUAAAAUCGCCUUUUACCAGCUUUGGCUGGUUAGACAGCUGCUGACAUUUCUGAACUGGAUGGCCUAACCAUUGUCAUCCAGGUAAGCACCAGGUUGGAUUACUGAACUGUGCUGUAUGUAGGACUGCUUUUGAUGUUUGUUCAGAGGCUGCAGCUAAUGUAAAAUGCAGCAGCUCAACGUUUGCCGAGAGCAGGGUAUCACCACCGCUGAAAGAAUUGCACUGUCUGCCAAGUAGCUACCAGACUAAGUUCAAAGUGCUAGUUUUGGUAUGUAGACCCUAUACAGCUUAGACCAGGAUACCUGAAAGAUUGUCUCGCUGCUCAUAUAUUAAGUCAAUUAUUGUGCUUUGCAGGAGAGGGCCUCCUUACAGAUGCAUCUUAUCAGGAGAUCCAUUCUAUACAAUAAAGGCAUCAGGCCUUUAGUGUUGUGGCACCUACCCUUUGGAAUUCCCUCCUGUUAAAUAUUAGACAGGCACCAUCUCUGUUGCCUUUUCAGCGCUUACUGAAGACCUUCUUCCAAUAACCUUUUAAGUAGUGAUCUUUCCUAGUUUGCAUCUGUAUUGGAGAUGCGUUAGAUGUGUCAUCAUUUGUGUGUUUGCCUCCCUGGGUUCCUUUGGGAGAAAGGACAGGAUAUAAAUUUAAUUAAUAUUAAUAUUAUUAACAACAACAGAGAAGAAAUGGUGAUUCAGAAGAACAGAACAACAAAGUCAGUUGAGACUGGCAGGGUAGAUUACAUUGUAUCAGUUUUGGAUUAUUUCAGAUUACAGUGGUACCUUGGUUUUUGAACGUCUGUUGACAAACAUUUCAAUUUUUGAACACCAUAAACCCGAAGGUAAAAGUUUCAGUUUUUGAACACGCCUGAGAAGUCGAACAUGCCACGUGGCUUCCACUGAGUGCGAGAUCCUGAGGCCUAGCUGUAGGCUAUUGAAUUUUUGGUUUUCAAACAUUUCAGAACUCAGAACAGUCUUCUGGAAUGGAUUACAUUCGAAAACCGAGGUACCACUGUAUGAUUAUCCUUGGAAUGGAAGCAUGGGAAACCAUUGUAGAGUUCCUUAUAUGAUUUUAAAAUCUUUCAGCAGAAUUUUGUCAUAUUCAUUUGUUGCAUUUAAACCACACAAACAAAUAUAUUUGCAAUCUCAAGUACCCACGUGGAUUGGACCAGUCGUCCAUUUAGUACAGCAUUCUGCUUCCCACAGUGACGAAUCGUAUGCCUCUACAAUGAUGGCCUGAAGAGAAUAGCCCUCGCCAGGUGAUCCCACAUAGCCAUUAUGGCCAAUAGCUAUGGUUGGAGCAAUUCUUCAUCAACUUAUGGUCAUAAUCACAUAUUGUUAUCAUGUGUGGUGUAAAGCAGGGGUGGAGAAACAUUUUGGUUGGAUGGCCAGAUGUUUAUUUCCCACACCCCUGGCAGGCCAAAUUUGGCAGGUAGGCAGGGCAGCCCACCUGUUGUAAUACUAAGUCAACCACUCUGUGGCUUGUUUCCCUGUCCGGUUAAAAGAAGCGCUCAAUAAUCUUAUGUAAGUGGAUAGAGGAUUUUAAGCAGCGUACAUUGUUCACCAAAAUAAAAUCAUAGCAAUUAUCCUAGCUUCAUGGCUAAGUGAGGUUUUGAACCCAGGUUUCCCAGGCCCCUAGCCCAGCAGUCUUACCACUGAACCUGUACACUGCAGUACCUCUAUAAAUCACAGUAUAAUGGAAAUCUGCCCUGCCCCCUUGCAGUGCCAAUAAUGGUGUGUGCAUCAGCGAUCAUGGACAUGCCAAUUGCACACAAGGGGGUCGGAGGCCUGUAUAAGCAAACGUCCACCUUUUCUCACAACCAUUUCAGCAAAAGAGAAAGCUGGGUUCUUCCAUUAAUUUUCUCAAGAAUUUCUAAAGUAAACACAAAGGGUUUACAAAAGACCCCCCCACACACACACCUCACUCAGUGUGCUUGGACAAAAUCCUUCUUCCUCUCUUUCUCACAUGCAAGCAUAUUGAGGGGGGGAGGGAAGCAAUAAAUGAAACUCUGCACACUCAAAGAAGCAAACAGCUUGGGUCUAUUGCAGAAACCUCCCCAUUGGAUUCCACCUUCAGGGGCUUAGAGAGAUUAAAUUUAGUUUAAAUUUUGCCUCCAGGGUGGUUUCUGAGAAAGAGAAAGCAGGGGGAAGAGGAAUGAUCCUGCCCUGCCUCCCUUGCUUUCUCUAUGUUUGGGUUGCUGUUUUUAACUGUUUCCUUCCCUUGGAGACAGCAGAAUCUGCUGCUAGUGAUUUUUAUGACAGGCUAAGCAGAAAAGAUGGACAGAAUCAUCUCAGUCACUGGAAAUGUAUUGAUAUUAUUGCGAGUGACAGGUCAAAGACUGGACCAUGGCGUUGGAGGUUUGGAGAGGGGUUCAGAAUCUUGGCAGAGCUAUGCCCCACUUUGCACAUAAGACAAACCGUCCCUGGUUUAAUAUAAUGUUGUCAGAAAACUCUGCUGUUAUGAGCUCCUUGGAGGCAGAACUGUUAGCAUUGAGAAAGUGCUCUAAGCUGCCCUGAGCCCAUGGAAUAGAGUGGGAUAUUUAAUAUAGUGGCCUCCUCUGCUAGGUGGCUGAGACACAGCCAUUCACUUCAGUUUUACUUGCUGUUAACAGUGCCUCUAAAUCCCCUGUUCUAUGUUACUAAAACUGGUAAGAGAUUGUGCUGGUGAUGGAGAGGCAGGCCCUUAAGUGUAGACAAUGUGCUCCAUCAUGUUCUUCAUGGUAUUGGUGCUCUCGCAGAGAACACCAUCACACCUGCUGCUACUCUGCCAGUUGAAGAUUAGAAUUAAGGUUCCACUAGUAGAACAAAGGGACAGAUUUUGUGUCGAUUCAGGAACCCUUUCGCUUCGCUGCCUCUCCCUAAUGCUUCAGAAGCAUAUGGGUUAAGUCUGACACACUUUUGACUUGAAGAGUCAUGCCUGGGAAGAGGCAUGAAAUGCCAUUACCAUUGCUACUGUGAAAUUUUAGAGUGGAUGUUUAGUGAAUUUGAUGUUAAUCAUUAUGUGCUAUUAAAGAUGCCACACUCUGGCAUCAUAAAAGUUACUGUCUAAAUAGAUCUAUGCAGAUAGAAAAUGGAAGAAGACACUGUUGAAGUAAUGAAGGCUACAUCUGCUAGCAGUGUCAUGGGAGCUGUGGACCUCUCUUGCAGAGGCAAUAUUUGUGUGCUUCCUCCUGGGCACACAGCAGAGUUGCUUUGUGUUGCUGAUGCACAACCCAGUCACAUGAUUCAGUUGGUAGAGCAGUUACUUUGCACUUGAAGCUGUGUCAAUUGCCAGGUUAUCUCAUGUCACACCAAUCCUGAUUUACGAUGUACUGAGUACUUACAAACCUUCCUGCAUUAUUCUUCUGCCUGAGAGCAGAAGCAUGGAAGAAGUAGUCAUAGUCUUGGAGUUGUUGAACACAGACCAUGUCCUGGAAUCUUCUGUUUGAUAGAAUACGGUACUGCCAGAUUGUCAGGCCUUUUGCAUAGAGAUGCUGUACAUGAACUAUAUACAAAUUGCUCUUGGCAGCAAGGUCAUGCAGAGCCAAUUCACAUGAUUAAACUGACAUGUUGAUAUGUCUUGAAUUCACCUUGUAGUGAAUAAAUUGUAAUUUCUUAUUGUUAUUCAUGUCCUACCACUUAAAGAUGUCUUUUGCAUGGUAACAUAGAUGAUGAGUUGCGUACUGAAUGUGCAGUAAAACAGUUGCACAAUUUAUUGCAAAGUACCAAAUUGUAACAAACUAAUUUAGUGUCCAGGUUUUGACAUGUGGUCCCAAGUCAAACUGUAUUAUGGUUGCCGUAGGGAACCUGCUCUUUCCUUUUUAAACAGUGUGGAAGAUUCUUUCACAUGAAAUGUCUAUACUCAGUUGUUGCUAUCAACUUGUAGAGCUUUUUUUGGGGGGGGAGGGGAAGCACAAUUAAUACGUUCCUGCUGUAGUAGGUUAUCUAGAAUACUAAUAGGAGACUGUUGUCUAGAAUACAACACCCAGCUGACACAUUGUCAUUAGAAAGCAUUCCAGACCCUCAAUCUCCCAGAACCCAGCAAGCCUUAAAAGUAGGAGAGCAAAGAGCUCAAAGACAGAGGGCAUGUAGCAGCACCCGUAGAGGGGACAAUGAGAAUGAUGAAUGUGGAAGUGGAAGAGACGGGGAGGGGUGGAGAUUCACUCGGGACAACGCCAUUAUCCAAGAGGCUGGGUUCUAUAGCCAGAUUGAAAUAAAAACGGAGGGUAAGAAACUUUUCCUUGUCUUUAUACUUUCCUGGGCAACCAGCCGGGAGCUGCUGACAGAAUCCUGACACCCUAGUGGGAGCCAGCACAAGUCCAGCUAGUGUAACAGGGUUGCCCCAUCACAUUUCCCCAUGGCCCCAGAACAGUGCAUGAGUGGGAGAAGUGGGCAGAUCAUCUGUCAUAGUGUGACAUUUAAUUCCUCCCUUUUCUCACUUGCAUGACCAAGACUUAGCUCUGAUAAUGUCCUUUGGCAUAGCAGAACUGUCCAUUUGGAACACGUGGAUAUAACUCUGCUACUGUCAAUGCUGGUUAAAGCCACUGUGGCAUUCCCAAACUAUUUGUAAUGGUCAUUGCUAAAUAUACGCAAAUAUACGCAAAUGAUCCUUUGGAUAAGCUGCCAUGGAAUAUGCUUGACACCAGUUUUCAUACUGGUGAUUUUCAUUAAUUUAAAUUGAGAUUACUGGUGUGGUGUUGUAGAUGGGAUGAUGGAUGCAAGUUGCCUGGGUUAAAGUUCUUUCUUUUAGCCUUGAGUAUAACUUGCUAUCAUUUACCACUCUUCUCUCUAAUAUUAGAUAUCUUGUUCAGACUUAUUAGGCUAACAGUAAAGCACUUUUUGUAUGCUAUAGGAGCAGUGUUAGAAACUCAGAUAUACUGUAUAGGUGCCAAAUGGCUCCCUAAACCAAGGUUACACUCGCCAGAACAGAAUGUCUAGUUGCUAUUUUUGGGCAAGAUUGGUUUAAAGUCUUAUAUUUCAAAUGAUGGACUGUGACUGAUUAUCAGUUAAACAUCUGGCUAGUUCAGUUGACAACCUUGAGCUAGUUGUAUAACAACCUUCGAGAAUUUAAGAAAAGUCACUUGAUCCAGGGACAGUCCACAUAUAGACUGGUCUAUUCCUACCUCUUUUCUUAAUGGUGAUGCAGACCAUUCAUAAUAUAAAAAUAUUCUUCACAACUGUGAGCAGGAAAGUGGGGUGGGGUAAGUGAAGAGAAGCUGCAACAAUUAACUAUAACAUUGUCCAGUGCUCCUGCUCAGGCUGCACAGAAAAAGCAUUUUGGUUCCUGAAAUUCAUCCUGAUUGUGCAGAUAAAAUAUAACUGAUAGAAUUCUACAGGAUGAGGCAUUAGUCUGUGAAAACAGUCAAGAUCCGAUGAUCCCCAGGCAAGCACCUCCUGAUAGUGGAGAUGUCAGGUGCUAUCCUGGUGCCCAGGCAUCUUCACUUGGUCAAUAGGUGGAAAUUUGGACACUAUAUAUGAGUAUAUUAUACAGCAAGUGGGGACUCAUGAAAAUUAGCAAUGCUUGGUAGGGGCUAGAAUGUUGGGUACAGGCACACACAUAGGUCCUUGGAAACAGUUGGCAGGGGGUGAAAAACCCUUCCAACACAUGCUCACAAAGGAACCCUCUCAGACAGACACCCCAGCUUAUCUUUUAAUUCCAUUGUAGGUGCAUAAUGUAAAGAGGUACUAAGGGUAUUGAGUUGGAGAUCCUGCUCAUUAUUAUAGGAUUAGUGAUUGCCUGAGCAAGACCAGCUGGAUGUCAUCCCUAAAGCAAUAAGUGAUUGUGGUAUUUUGUUUUAGGGGAAGUAUACACCAGGCCCCCAGAAUUUACUUUGUCUUAGGCAAAGCCUAGCCCAGAAGCUUCCCUAUGAUAACUUUCUAUGUGCACGGGAUUCUUUUUGCAUGAAGGAUGAUUCAGUUAAAUGAGCCAGCCCAGUCUAUAGGGUUUUUUGGUUCCCUCUGUGGGGAGAAAAAUAGAAACCACAGAAAGGAAACUGCUAAGCAGCAGGUCUUCUGCUUUUCAUGGCAAGUCCCAAGACUCCUUUUCAGUUGAAAAAAGAAAAGAAAAAAGUGUAUCUUGUAGUUUGGCUCUGACAACUCUGUCUUAUUAUAGGAAGUGACCUGCAGAAAACUCUGAAGCAUAGAGAAGCUCACUAGGUUACUUCAGCAUUGUUGCCUCUAUUAGUAAACAAGUUCAAACAUUAAUUGUGAAAUUUAAGAAAAUCUUUUUUUUUUUAUUUAGCUUGACUACCUGAUCUACUGGUACUAUCUACCAUAUAUUUAAAAAUAAAAAAUCCAAACUAGAAUUAUACAUCAAAUGUACAUUUGCAUAGUGAUGCAUGCAACUUGACUUCAUUCGGUUGUAUUCUAAAUCUGGUCUGUUGUCUUCUCUAAAAUAAUACAUCCGAUUUUGGAAUUUCUGUGAUUCCUACUAAGGAAAGGUGAUUUGAUUUUUGGUGAAGUUGACAUGGGGUUUUGCCUCUAUAUUGCCUUUUGAAGUUGUAGAAUUUUGCCAUUUAAGUUAGUCAGAGUAAUCUAAGUUUUUUUAGCAAAAUGUUUAUAAAUAUAAAAUAUAAAGCUUUUUAAAUACAAAUUUUAAAUAAAAACUCUCAUACUGAAAAGCUAGCAGAUUGUAAACUACAUGGGUACAGUAGUCUUUUUUUCCAUGUAAUAAUGCUGAACUUGACCUUUUAAGAGCUAUAAUGCUAGGCACCAGUUCUUGAGAAAUAAAGAGCUUCAGAUAAGCACUUGAAAAAUAAAUCUAAAAUAAAUGCUGUGAAGAUAACAGAAGCAGUGGAGCCUCCUAAAGCUGAUUAUAGCAGUAGUCCUGGUAGCUCCUUAAUGCUAAGCACUAUCAGCUAUGGAAAUUUCUCUUGCACUGUUUUGUUCUGGUAUAGCAAGAAUGCAUUUAAACCAGAUGUGUGUGCCUUCUGUUUAGGAACAGAACUAUAGUUUUCAUUUUCCUUUUAAACACACUGAAAACCUACAGCUGUCUCUCAGCAACUGCUUGCUGGUUGACACUGAAAUACAUACAUAGUAAAAAUACAACCAGAGCUAUCUGUGCCAAUUCUGGUAUCUUUUAAAAGCUGAAGACAUAAUAUGGGCUCCUCCUACCUUCAAGUUAAUGAAGAAAGUAUUAUGGAAAAAUACUGAGUUUUCAAAAUGGAGUCUUCCACUUCCUGAUUAAAAAUGGCACUAGUAUUACAAAGGACUAGAACGGAAGAUUACCUAAUGCCACAAUAGUUUUGUCAGGGUAGCUGUGUUGAACAUUACUUUACUCUAAAUAUGCUAAAAUCAAAUCUGUAUGCAGCUAGACUCGGUAGGUGUUCUCGUAGUUCAGAAAGGCUUGCUGAAAUCAAAAUUGUUUUUUAAAAAAACCUGUCACAUGCACAGAAUCUCAGUUCUUGUUAGAAAAGAAGUGCAACUGGAUUUGUUAUUCUAAAUAUAUUAUCUGUGGGGAUAAAAACCUGUGCUACUAAGUGGUGGAAAAGAUUAAGAUUUGGAUACUAGAUUAAGAAUCAACAUCCCAGUCAUAAAAGAAGACAAUGGCUUGUUGAAGGAGAUUGUUUCAGUGGUUCUCUGGCUCAAAGGCAGCAUCUUUGGUGGUCACUGGAGCCUGGAAGUUUCUUUCUCCCAUUUUAUGGCUCGCCACAUACCAAGCCUGGAGCAUCAGCACCUGGAGGCUCAUAAAAGCUGGAAGCAAAUGAAGAGAGGUUUGCAUCAAGGUUUGCUUCUCUGUGGGUGCAGGCCACCCUUGUUGUUUCAGAGUAUGCACAACUCCUUCCAAAGGCAGCAUCCCAUGGGUGUUUUGAUGGGGGCAUGCAGGUGUCCCUUUCUUUCACACAAGAGAGUGGAGGAAGCCUGGCUUUUUAAAAUCCCAAACUGGAUAUAUAUAUAAAAAAAUCUGAUUUUCAUGCUUUGCCCUGACUCUUCCUAUUUAUUCCCUUUUAUUCCUCCAAUACAAAAAGAAGGCAAUGUCCCUAGGCAAGCCCCUACAUGUUCCAACUUCAAAAUCUUAUCCUAACCUUAAUAGCUAGUUCUUUCAUGGCAACUAAUAGAAAUUUCGCUCUCCUACACAAGAAAAUGGUAAAGUGCUACAAUAAUUGUAGUUUGAAGUAGAAAUAUUGAUGCUCUGUGUAGCAUCGAAUUGUGGUGUGUCUGGGGGAACAGGGCUAGACAAUGGAAGCUCUGGGUAGUGGGCUGUCUGGGGUUGGAUAGUAAAGGUGUUCUACAUUCUAAAUGUUUCUGUCUAUAUCCUGCAGAAAGCACAUUCCAAACAAUUGUUAAAGUUUGCUAGUCUUGAUAGUGCUAAAUAGCUUAUUUUCCUGUCAGAAAGUGAUAGAGUUUAAUAAAGGUUUAGUACAAUUCAGAGGUCUCGGUGAUCCCACUGAGACUUAAUUGCUUAAUUGUUUUUGUUUAAAUGUGGUGAUUUCAAUUGCAGUUUGGUACACCUAGUAUCAUCUAGAUGAGUAUCCCUCUUUGUCUUUGUAUGUGUGCAUUGAGAACAAUUCCAUAUCCAAGGUUUUGGGGCAUAUCAUUGAAUUGAUGGAAGAAUAUGACAGUGUCCAAGGUAGAAAUUGCAAUUAAUGCUUUUGAAGAGCAGACAUCACUGAAAUAAUAGUGUUUACACAGGUGGUUAUUUCAAAGUAAUACUGUAACAACAACUCCACUUUUAAACUUGCUACUGCUAACAUCAGUGUAUUUAACUUUUGGAGAACAAUUAAGUUAACUUCAGUUAAUAAGUAACACCCCUCUGCAAAGUAGUUGUGCACAGAAACAAGUACAAUGAACCCUCCUAAAAGUAGACUAUAAAAUAAAUAAUGCAACAGGUUUUUACUCACUACUAUUCUUAGAAAUAAGUUUGUACAGCAGACCUCUUUUCCCUACUGUCUCUGAACAAUGGCAAAUUAAACCUGCUGGAGAAUGUGAAAAAUUAUUGGAUUAACCUGAUUCGUAAAGAAUGUGUAGAUGAGCUUUAAGAUGCAGGUGGUGAAGUUCAUUGUUCGUGCCCUUAUUUUAACCUGAAGAAGAGUGGUCUUGAGCUCUCAAAAGCUUUCAGAGUCACCAUCUGGAACUGCCUCAGCAAGAGGUGCUGUAGUACCUAAUGGCUCAUCAAGAGCUUUACUCUGCCAAGCGACAGGCUGGUUGAGACAAUCUUUCCAGCAUUUAUUUAUUUUUGUCUGUUGGUAUGUUAGAAUACAUACAUAUAAUAUUUGUUAAAUCUACAUUUAUAACAGAAGUUACCAAUUUUUAUAGUCUUGCAGGCACAUCUGGAAUUUUAGAAAGUACAGUGGGCAUCAUCCCUUUCUUUGCUUUUCUCCCCGCUUUCCAUAGUGUUACAGAUAAAGCAGGGACAGUAGGAGAGAAAGAGAGUCCACAUACAUAUUCUUUUGAUUCUCAUGAAUCUGCCUGAUUUUACACCGUGAACUUCAAAACACCAUCAAAUUAAAGCUUACCUUGGUAGACUACAGAGUAAAAUUGUACUUCUUGUUAUUGUCAUCACAACAAAAAUGUUGAUCAAAGGCAUGUAUCUCAAUGAUACAUUUUUUAAACAUAGGGUGACAAUAGAAUCACCAGCAAAUUGGAGAACACUUGUGUGGAAAAGUGGUGGCCUAUUUAAUAGUGGCAGUUUUGAGAAGAUCCUUUGUAAAAACUGAGUACCCAUGCCUGCACUGGGUGGUGUUUUUUUUUUAAGAGAGGUGACUAGUGAUGGGAAGAGUAGGGGAAGGAACCCAUUAAAAAUGAUGCCAUUUCAAGAGGAUCCAGUUUACUGAAUAAGAUGUAUGUGUGUUCAUGUGUGUGUGUGCUCUUUCUGUCGGUGGCAUGCCUCUUUCUCUGCCUUGGUGGCUUUUGUUUUCCUCCCUCUCCCCAGUCUCCCAGAUUACUGCCCUUUCCACACUUUUCCUCCUACCCUUGAUUGCUGCACCAUCUCUCCAGCUGCUCAGGUGUCAACCUGUGCUUUGAUGAGCACACAAAGCUGAAUGAGGGCUGUGGGAAAGAGUGUCACUCUUAGUCCUUUAGCUCUGUACUCUUUAUGGAUGGGGGGUGCGGAAGGUAACCACUUUCCCCAACUUAUGACAAAGGGAGCAAUGGCAGGGGCUGGUGCUUAGAGGCUUUGUGGGCACUAUGUUGGAACCCUAGCUUUAUACUGAGUCAGGGCAUUGUCUACUUGAACAAUAUCUAUAGUGUUCCUGGCAGUUAUUAUCUAGGGUUUGGACUAAUGUAUUUCCUAGUCCUAUUGCAUGAGAUGCUUUAACAGGAAAUACCAUGGAUUCUGGGAUCAUUAUAUAUUCAAAGUAUGUACUUCUCUCUAGACCAGGGGUCAGCAACCUUUUUCAGCCAUGGGCCGGUCCACCAUCCCUCAGACCGUGUGGUGGGCCGGAUUAUAUUUUGGAAAAAAAUAAUGAAUGAAUUCCUAUGCCCCACAAAUAACCCAGAGAUGCAUUUUAAAUAAAAGGACACAUUCUACUCAUGUAAAAACAUGCUGAUUCCCAGACAGUCCGUGGGCUGGAUUGAGAAGGCGAUUGGGCCGCAUCCGGCCCAUGGGCCUUAUGUUGCCUACCCUUGCUCUAGACUCCUUUUGACCCCAAAGGAACCAAUGUGAAUUAGACUUGGUAGCUCUCAAGCUAAACAUGUAUCUCCCCCAGAUAUCUUUUGAAAUCUAGUUAGCUCUGAAUCUGAGUGUACAUUAAACUUGCUAAUUUAUCUACAGCCCCUAAAGGGAUGGAGAUUUGUGCCUUUAUAUGGAAAGAUUUGACAAUGAAAAUGGCUUCCCCACCAUACAUUCAGAACCAAAAGGACAUUUCCCCCUAUUCUGGGUUCAUAUUGUGUCCUGCCCCAUGUGGUGGCCUAGUUAUCAAAAGAAAUAGAUUCAUAACUAUUCCAGGGAUAACUCAGUCACAAGCCAGUUCUGAAAAACUGGUCUCCAUGAGUGGUGAAAUCAUCCAGAGCAAAUUCUAAUAUCAGGAACCAACUGAACAAUCUCUCCUAGAGAAAGUCUGUGGCAAGUGAACCUGAGUUUAUCAAGAAACAAUAUUCUCUGCAUUUUUAGGUUCCAGUGCAUCAGUAAAGCUCUGGAGAUUAUGAAAAGAUGAAGGCAGUUCUAGCUUCCAUGGCUUUCCUUAUGGUAUGGUAUAUACCAGCCUCCGCCAUGCUGGUGCCCUCCAGAUGUUUUGAGCCCAAAACAUCUGGACGUUCCCAGUAUGAGGGACACUAGUAUAUUAUUCAAGUAAAUACAAUAGCUAGGCACAUAAUAAAAAAAAGGUUUGUCAUAUUGGCCAUAAGGAAGAACUUGAAAAUCCACAGUUGGACAAAACCUAUACGUAUUAUGACUAGUGUAUCACAUCCAGGAUUUUGCAUAGCUGACCUCAUGGCUAAAAUAUCCAACACAAUGCUUGUACCUUUUUGUUUUUCCUUGAUUUCUACCCCACAACCACUGCUUUGUACAACUUCUUGUGACAGUUUUUGUUUUUGUGAGAAUUUGGUGCCCAACUGAAUUUUAGAAUAGUUAAGCAACAACUCCUAAGUUUCAGAUCUCUUAACUGUAUAAUUUUUAAUGAGGCGCCCAACUAGUGGUGUUUUUUAAACACUUUAAAAUUGAGUGAUUUUCUUCAUAAGGGGCAGUUUAAAGCUGGCAAGAUUGCCAAACACUUUUCACAGAAUCAGGAAUAGAAUAUGUUUAGUGAUUGGGUUGUUGACUGGAGUGACUGGAGUGCUAAUCUAAGCAAGGUCUCAACAUAUAUUUUAAUCAACUAAAAUUCUUUAAGGACUGGUAGCAGAAUUGUUUUUCCCAUUUAAAUUUGAGUGGGUACUGUAUUGGUGUGAAAUGCAUAGCAGAGUGCAGCUGUAAAUGAAUUUAGGCCUUUUGAUUGGCUUUAAGGUUGACUUGCCAAUUGAAUAUACCUUAUAUUUGUUGCUAGUCUUCCUUUAAAUAUCACUAUCAAAUGUUGCUUUUAAAACUGUCUUGUCAGAUGUCCUUGGUGCAUUCCAUAUAAGAUAGCAUGUUAUACACACACACCAUAAGAGGAGAAAACGAGUGCAUGAUACAGAUGCCUGGGUCACAAUGACCUUAACUGAGAAGCAUAUUGUCUACUGUUUUGUUUAGCCUGUUAUUUAAGGUGGAUUUUUGUGGGCAUUACUUUACAUUGCUUGGCUUGAGAUGAAAUUUUAUAGGCAUGGCAAAGUGUAGUAGGCUGUGACAUACUUGCAAUGUGUUUACACUACCAAGUACAUGUAGCAGCUGCUUCCAUCUGUGUUCGCCACACAAUUUCCCCACUCAUUUUAAAACGGUUUGCUAAAAUACCCCGUGGCUUAAUAUUUUGUAGGGAGCAGAACUUGCUAAAGAAGCAACAGCACAGCUUUCCUUGUUUUCAGUGCUGAAAAUAUGUGUGACAUAAAAAUGGGUACCCCUCGGUGGGUAUUUUGGCUGCAGGGUGCCAUUCUUUUUCCUAGUUUCUCAAUGAGAACAACAGCUUACACAUAUCAGUGAAUUCAGUAUAUUCCAGUAGUUAGUCUUGCUUCUCCUCCCAUGUUUCAGGUGGACUGCUUGGCCUUUAAAAGAGAGGUGCAUUUUGAUUGACUGUAGUGAGGACUCUUCCAGGUUGGCUCAGCUGCUUUAAAUAUUUAUGCUUGUCUUCUUUACCCUAACUUUUUCACUAGGUUUUUCCCUUUAUGCCUUCUCUACUGAUGAAGCAUUAUAAUGCAUUACAAUUUUUUUUAAAAGCCUACUCAUUUUAUCCACUGUGAAAGAAGAGCAGUAUAAAUGUAAGCCACAAUAUUGCCAUCUUUGUCACCCAGCGACUAGACUUGGAUAGAGUGUAGCUUCAUGAAUAGACGUUUUCACCAUCCUCACUUCUUUGAGCAGUGAGAAAGGAAAGAACACUGGGAACUUACGGAGUUUCUGUAACACUGGCUUUAUUUACAAUUACACAAAUAGUGUGUGAGAACAAACAACAGGCACACCUGCAAGGAAGCAAAUCACACCCCCACAUUAGAUUCCCCAGAAAGAGAUCCUGAGGCACAUGUGCCAUCCACUACUUUCUUGCUUUCUCUGCUUCCACCUGUUUCCAAAUUGCUAGAAAUGCUAUUUCUCCAAACAUUCACUCCCCACUUUAAACACACACAUGCAUGUGCACAUAAGCAGGAGUGCUCAAUGAGUUCAGUGCAGAGUUCUGUUCAAAUUCCGCCCAUCUACCACGGUGUGCAUGUUAAAAAUCAGGGAGUUGAUAGUUUAAAUCAGGGGUCAGCAAGGUUUAUCUUGCCUGGGCCAGAUCGGUCCUGCAUAGAUCCCUCCGUGGGCUGGGUCACGCGUGCGAGUGCAUGCACCUGCGAUUUUCAGUGUCUGCGUCUGCGCAUGCGCAGAUGCGAUUUUCAACACUGCGGAAGUGAGUCCCCACUCUGCGCUGGUUUAGCACAGUGCAUGAGCAGGCAGCUCAGUUCGGGGGUAGCUUGUGGGCUGGUCAAAAGACCUCCGCGGGGUGCUUCCAGCCCAUAGGCCUUAGGUUGCUGACCCCUGGAUUAAAUACAUAUUUACAGUGGUACCUUGGCUAACAUAUGCUUCAGGUUACAUACGCUUCAGGUUACAGACUCGCUAACCCAGAAAUAUUACCUUGGGUUAAGAACUUUGCUUCAGGAUGAGAACAGAAAUCGUGCAGCGGUAGCACAGUGGCAGCAGGAGGCCCCAUUAGCUAAAGUGGUGCUUCAGGUUUAGAACAGUUUCAGGUUAAGAACAGACCUCCAGAACGAAUUAAGUACGUAACGCAAGGUACCACUGUAUAGUAUUACAAGGUGGUCCAAGACCUGCUUUUUAAAAAUCCCCAUCUUCUCCCCCACACCCCUGCCCUGCCCAGUAUGGUUGCUCUAGGAGAGGGUUAAGGAGUAAACCCUACACAAAUCCAGAGUGGAGUCCCUAAGGCAGUUGGAAUCUUGUAUGCCUCCUUCUGGCAACUCCUGCAGCCAAACUGGUGCCUAAUGUAUUGCUCUACUUCCCUUUGGACCACAUCAGCAGGAUGAAAAGGGGUUGUUAUCAUCUAGGCAACCCUGGACCUCCAUACAUGCUGCCCAGAGAGGUCACUUCUGUGUAGCUAACAUAGAAGAAGAAGAAGAAGAGUUUGGAUUUGAUAUCCCGCCUUUCACUCCCUUUAAGGAAUCUCAAAGCGGCUAACAAUCUCCUUUCCCUUCCUCCCCCACAACAAACACUCUGUGAGGUGAGUGGGGCUGAGAGACUUCAGAGAAGUGUGACUGGCCCAAGGUCACCCAGCAGCUGCAUGUGGAGGAGCGGAGACGCGAACCCGGUUCCCCAGAUAGCAAAAACUAUGGGAGGCAGUUACAUGUUACCGGUCUCUGCAGGCACAGGAGGUGAUGUGAUUCUCCGGCGGUUUGCCUUCACCCCAAGAAGCACACUCCAUUGUCUCUUGAUACAUGUGGAUGUCAACAACCAAUGACAUGUUUAAAUGUGUUUCUGCGUGGACUUUGAAUAAAAUCAGAUUAAUGCAGAAGUAGGAUGGCACAGAUUUAAGAAUGAUCACAUGCAGAAGUGACAUGAACCAGAAAUAGACACAUCUGUCCACCCCUACAGAUCCACUGUAACAGAAGAGUGAGUGGAAGAAUGACUGAGAGCCAUGGAGCGUGAUGGAAUGCUGGGUGGAGUCAGAGUGACUGACAGAUGGAGGGCGUCUGAGAAUUGCAUUUGAAGUGGAGUUGUGAGAAAGUGUAUGAAAGCAGAGGUAAAAAGUAAGGAUAGCCAUAAAGAGGAAAAUUGGUAAUUUUAGAUUAGGUGAUAUCUGUAAAUAUACAGUGCUCUUCUGUACUAUCUACGGUAGCUCAAUAGGUUGUGGUGGCAGGUAUUGUGAGGGUCUUAAAGGGAAGUUUAGAUGUUUGAACUAAUUACUUCUAGGGACCUGAGCCUUCGUACACAUACCUUUUGCUGGAGAUGGUGUGAUAGGUCACCUCCCCCAAAUUCUGACUUGCCCUUUGCCGAACAAGAGAGGUCUCGAUAUAAAGAAACAAUGAACUCCCAUAAAAAAGCACCAACCAGUCAUUAAGGACUAUUAACCAGUGAUCUACUAACAAAAAAGAAUUAUUAAGUCAGUGAUAGUGGUGCUUGCUAAUUCCUUCUCACCCUAUCCUUAAGUGGUAGGAGGAAUUCACUCAAAUAUCAUUUUUUUGUAUCAGGCUUUUAAGUAUUUUAAAGAGUUAUUUCUUACCUUAAUGUUCAAGGAUAAGCAUUUUAAGAAAAUGAUUCCAAGUUCCAAAAGUGACUUUACUAGAUUUAAACCUGUAAAUAAUUAAUUAAUUUACUUGAUGACUCUUGGGGUUCCUUCCAACUCUAUAAUUCUGUGCUUUACUCACUACUGUUUAAAUCAGGGGUAGGCAACCUAAGGCCCAUGGGCCACAAGCUGCCCAUGGGGGUCAUUUAACCAGCCCACGAGUCACCCCUGAACCGAGCUGCCCACUCGACGAAUCCCCUCGCGCUGCACUAAAUUGGCACAGCAUGUCGCGGGGACUUGCUUCCGCAGCGCUGGAAAUUGUGUCUGUGCAUGAGCAGAUGCUGGAAAUCACAUCUGCGCUGACGCCGGAAAUCGCGGGGGUGCGCACAAUCUGGCCCACGGAGGGAUCUCCACUGGAGUGAACCGGCCCAGGCAAGGUAAACCUUGCCAACCCCUGGUUUAAGUCUUCUCUGUGCCCUUAUUUCCUCUGUCUCCUAAACCUUUUCCAUCCUGUUUCUCCUUAAUUAUAGAUAGUGUCAUCAAUGUACAUAGCACCAUCCAUCUUAAGGAGAAGUUACCCAAAGUGAACACAAUAAUCCAGCUUUAUCUUUACUAAUGCCAAACAGUGUGGAAGUAUUUGAGGCUUCUCUUAGUAUAACCCUAGAUAGCACUCUGGCUCCUUCAGUGCAAAUAGAAAUGGGGGAAAUCAGCCCAGCCAGCCAUCCACUCUGGGUUGGCGAUAAUGCUAUUAGGAGAACAGGAGAUGAGACUAGAUGGUGCCUGCUGGCUGGGUGGGUGUGUUGGGGUUUUUUCUUUAUAAUUUUUCUUUAAAAUAUGUCUGUUCAGUCACAUCACAGUUGUAUUUCAAAAAUGGAAACUACACAAGCAGAACAGCUAGAAGCAGGCUCAAAGGAUCUUUGGCAUGGUUUACUGCUGGUGGCGCUGUGGGUAAAACCUUGAACGGCGGUUCAAAUCCCCGCGGCGGGGUGAGCUCCCGUCAUUCGGUCCCAGCUCCUGCCCACCUAGCAGUUCGAAAGCACCCCCAAGUGCAAGUAGAUAAAUAGGUACCGCUUUAUAGCGGGAAGGUAACGGCGUUUCCGUGCGCUGCACUGGUGCUGGCUCGCCAGAGCAGCUUUGUCACGCUGUCCACGUGACCCGGAAGUGUCUUCGGACAGCGCUGGCUCCUGGCCUCUUAAGCAAGAUGGGCGCACAACCCUAGAGUCGGACACGACUGGCCCGUACGGGCAGGGGUACCUUAACCUUUACCUUUAGGGCUUAAAGGCAAAGGGACCCCUGACCGUUAGGUCCAGUCGCGGACGACUCUGGGGUUGCGGUGCUCAUCUCGCUUUACUGGCCAAGGGAGCCAGCGUACAGCUUCUAGGUCAUGUGGCCAGCAUGACUAAGCUGCUUCUGGCAAACCAGAGCAGCACAUGGAAACGCCGUUUACCUUCCCGCCGGAGCGGUACCUGUUUAUCUAUGUGCACUGCGUGCUUUCAAACUGCUAGGUUGGCAGGAGCAGGGACCGAGCAACGGGAGCUCACCCCGUCACAGGGAUUUGAACUGCCAACCUUCUGAUCGGCAAGCCCUAGGCUCUGUGGUUUAACCCAUAGCGCCACCCGCGUCCCUGGUUUACUGCUUACUACUGGUCAAAAAACUACUUCAUUUUUCAUCUCUCCAAAGUCAGUCCAAAUGAGUGUUGGGAUCAAACUGGGGCUGUAGCUAGGGUGGGGAAAUGAGGCUUAAUGGAGCCUCUGAACAUUGAUGGGACCCGCCCCUUAAAAAAACAUGGGAGGGGGCAAAGUGCCUCAGCCCCCAGGAGCUGGCUUUUAUGCUGCAGAACCUGCAUGCAACUCUUGUGGGACUCCUUCCAUGGCAAUAGUGUGUGGUCAGUGGACCAAGGGAACAAGGCUAGUUCCCUAAAUGUUUCCCUGGUGUCUCCUUCCCAGAGCCCAGGAAGCUUCAGCCUGGCUUAGGGAGAGAGGUGCAGUGCUCACAGGCAUGACAUCACAGUGUUUCCCCCCUCCCCAUCACCCCUGGAAGCUGGCACCUCUGGCCCUAACUCUUGCCUAAGAAAAAAUUCACUGCACACCACUGUUCUGUGGAAAGGCCCACCUGGUACAUAUUCUGCUAUUUUUUAUGUAUCUGGCAAAAACCUUUCUAUUUUAUCAGGUUUGUUAGGGAUGUUAGAUUUGAGCCUGCUAUUUUUAAUUAGAAUUUUUAUUCUUGUGCAAAUUGUAUUUUCUGUUCUUAGUAGUAGUGAAGGGUACAUAUACAUUCUGUAACUAAAUAAAAAUACCUUGGGUAGGAUGAAGGGGCAGAAAGGUUCCUUCUGGUAUUGCUAAUGUUUGGAGACAGUGACUGAAGAAUGCAGAAAGACCCUGCCAAGAAAACUGAUUUUUAUUUUUGCUUUGUGUGUACAAGCAUGUUUCAGGGUGGUAAAUGUUAAGCCUUGUUGCGGCAGCUGUUGUAGCAGCUCUCAGUGCUUAGGAUAUUGUUGCGAAAUAUUAAAAUAACUUUGUUAUGAAGUGUGGAAGCAGGUGAACUGUGAAAAUAUGAUAUAACAGGAGUCAGAUGGCAUUUACCUGAGAGUUACCUCUAAUGUGUGAAGACAUACAAUGUGAAGUAGCUGAACUAGUAAAUAAAUUAUGCCACAUCACUAAAAUAAGAGGCUAUAAGAAGAUAGCCAAUGUAAUACCAGCUUUUUAAAAAAGAAUGAGACAGGAUCCAGAAAAUUACAGACCUAUCAGUUGCUACUUCCCCCCUACAUAAUUAAAUAGAGAAUGGUGCUAAAGUCUUCAGAUUGUUAAUUACAAUUGCAGUGCAGUAGUAGAACACUGAUGAGUAGCUACUAGAUAACAUCAGCAAUGCUAGACAGUCUAUAUGGAAAAAAAUCUUUCCAUCUUUUAAACUUUAGAAAUGUAAAGGAUUGAACCUGGAAGAGAAAAAACUGGUAGCAUUAAUACUCUAGAUCUUUUAAAUGUACAAAGUUACAUAAGUCAUUUAUUUACGCACAAUCCUAUGAAGUUGGUUGGUGGACAUUCUGCACUUGCCUUAGGCUAUCCAAUGAGUUUUGUGACUUAGAGAUUUGAUCUAAGGGAUUAAAUCACAUAUAAGACACUUAGUUUGAUAUUUCAUUGAUUAACUAUUCAAUACUAUAAACAGUUCUCUGCUAUCACUUUCAAAUAGCCCCUGUUGUGCAGAUUCUCCUCAAGUGCAAGCAACAAGCCCCUAGCCUUACUUUGGUGUCCAAACUUGUAUAUUGUUUCUGUCCAAACAAGCCAAGUUUGGGAAGCCAAGGACAAACCUUAGCUUAGCAUCAUGACUUGUUUGGAGAGAAGCAAACCAUUUUGUACAGAGCGCUAAAUUCCUGAUCACAUCAACACGAUUGAUGAAUUAAUGAAUUCAUUGGUGUUAAUGGACAGCUCAGAUUCUGUACUCCCCCCCGCCCCCUAGGCAGACAUAAGCAGAUAUUUUAUACAUGCCUCAACAGCCAUAAUAUUAGAUUGGGAGAUAAAGGCUAAAAGAGGCAGUAGUUGUGAUCUACCAUGUGAAGCAUUUGACAGGAAAAGCAACAAAUAUUUUUCAGUAAGUCAUAGCUCAUGAUAUCUAGGGCUUCUAGGCUGUUGAGAAAAGGAUGAGAAAAGUCCUCUCACUAGGUUUCGCUCAAUGGAAGAAAAUCACACUUCUAUUAUUGACAGUUAGUGUUAAAGAGGUUGACAGAUGGAGAAUGAGGGAGGGGGAGGUGGUGUAUCAGUAGUGCCUCUAUAUUUAGAUAUGCCUCCUUUAUCUGACUGUACAGCUGGCCACUCAAUUUAUUUUAAAGGACUUGUGCUUCCCUUUCCUGUGAGUACUUUUCAUGUGCUUCACAGAUAUAUCCUACUCCAUGCACGCAAGCCUGUGGGGGCCAAGUACAUUACUCAUGCAAAGUGAAGUUCAUAGGGGCCAAUGGAUGGAAUAUCCAAAUGACUUGUGUACAACCAUAUUGCGUCCAAAUCAGAUUCAUCACUUUUACUUUCUGCCCUUCAGGGAGCAACCCAUCUACAGCACCCGAGCUCAUGUCUUCCAGAUUGACCCUAACACGAAGAAGAACUGGGUUCCCACCAGCAAGCAUGCUGUUACUGUGUCCUACUUCUAUGACAGCACAAGAAAUGUCUAUAGGAUAAUCAGCUUGGAUGGCUCAAAGGUAAGCUAUCUGACAGUUUAAACUCAGGUAAACUUCUACAUUUAAUCUCUCUCUCCCCCCCCCCUUUUAACGUUACUGAAAAGUGAUGCAAAAUGAGAGCACCACUCUUGGAACUUAACAUACAAUAUAAUACUUUAUUAACUUUUGAAGUUGGUCGAGAAACCUGUUUGGGGACUGCUUGUCUCCUCUGACUUCUCUGUCUCUCAAUUCACUGUAACUGUAAAGGAGGAAGGAGGCUAAAAGGCAUUCUGCUUGGAGUAUAUAUCUUUAGUCCUAAGUAAUAUGGCAGAUAUUAUGUUGAGUAGUUUUAUUUUUUUAUUAAUAUUAAUGUAGAAAUCCAUUUUCCACCAGAAAAUCUAGUCUUAUUUUCCCUGUGUGCCAGAAUGUCAAAAUGUCUAUACUAAACAUAACACUGCAUAUUGAGGAACGUUCUAAUGUUUGCAUUUAAUCAAUCUGUUCAACAGUUGAUCCAUUUACUAAAAUUUGAUUGCUACUCUGGGCUCCAUUGGGAGAAAGGGCAGGAUAUAUGUUAAAUAAAUAGAUAGAUAGAUAGAUAGAUAGAUAGAUAGAUAGAUAGAUAGCUAUGCUGAUAAUAUUGAAUGUGAAGAUUUCAAGUCUAAAUUACCAUUUGGAAAUCAACAGCUUGAUUAUUCCAACUGGCAUUUUCUCUCUCUCUGAAUCUUCUUUAAAAUCCUGACAUGGUUCAAAUAUAUUGUAUCUUAGGUAAAUUGGUUUAUCAGUGUGUUUAGAUUACAUUAUCCAAAACUCAUCCUUCCUGACCAGAGUUUAAAAAAAAAACCUUCAAGGAAAAGGCCAACUUCCUGCAUACUUGUGCAGAAAAUAUAGAUUAUGUCACCCAAGUUCAUGAUGUAACAUAAGCAAAAGAAAAAUGGAGGUCCCUGCCUCAAAGGAGUUCACAAUCAAAAUUUUGAUAGCAGGAGAGACAAUAGAAUACUAUUAAAACAUCUGCAUUGUUUGCUCUGUGGUGGAAAAAGUUUUUUUCUUUUAAAAAAAUGACAUUUUACUAAUUGUCCUAUAAUUAUUGGGGCUGGGGUGUCUAAAGAUGUGCUGAUUUCAUGAUCCGCCACUUAGGAAAUCCAGCUGCCUGGCCUCUAGUAUUAUGAGCAGUUUGUAUUCUUGGAGUAAAUCAGUCAUUAAGAAAACUAAUUCAUUAAGAAAACUAGUUGAUGUCAAUAUGCAAAGCAGAUAUGGAUGCUGUAUGAUUUAUUUCAAACAAUAAAAGAUCAUGUAAUUUUUCUAUUGUAUCCUGUUGGUCAGGCACAAAGUAAACUUCUGAUAAUAUUUCCACUGCCAUUCAAUUUCAUUCAUGCUGUAGUGGGACUCUUGCAGACAUCAGAAUAAACAUGCAGUGUUUCAUGUAAGGAUUCAGUUUGCACAAUUAUCUAGCACCACCAACUGGAUGAUUUAAAUGUAGAAAGCUAAAAUAUUCCUUCAUUUUUUGACAACUAUAUGGUACCAACUCCUCAUCUGGAUGAAAGGCAGCUGCCGUCAAUGCAAAAAAUAUGAACCUUUGACGUAGGCAUUUUAAUUAGGAUUUCAUUGGCUUCAGUAUCAUUUGUAUCUUUUGAAAACCUAUUCCUUGGAAUGAGGCGCAAUUUACAGUUACUGAGGUUUGAAUGAGUAUUUCUUUCUCCAGUUUUGCUGAGUGGCAGAUUUCAAGCUGCUGUGGUAAGUCUCGAUUUCUAAUCCCAGGGAAGAUGACCUUUGGAUUCAGGAACUGAUCUGACUACAGGUGUCAAACUUCCCAUGGCCCUGAUCUAAAUUCAGCGCUAAUUAUUGCUUUAAAAUGAAUCUUCUCCGGUUUCUGAGCUGUAGUUUACUAGAACAAAGUGCAUAGAUAGCAUAUUUUUUGAAAAACCUGAAAAACACACAAUAGAGUUUAUGGCACAUACUUGCUAAUUAGGUUUCGUUAACCUAGACUUCUGAAAUAAAUUAAAUGUGGAGUAUUAUUGCUAUCUUGUUCUUGACUUUUGCUCAACGGUUUCAUCCAAAGAGUCACAUACAAGAGCACAUUACAGAACUACAUGUGAUGCAUAAGAUCUGUGGAUCGAAUCACUCAACAUUUCAAAGCAACUGUAGGAGAGCUCAAAGUUGAAGAUGUGGGACUAUUUUAACUCUAUCCUGAUCUUACUACCCAAAGCUGCUAUUAGCCCAGCAGAGGGGGAAGGUGCUGCAACUUUUUCUUCCUUUGGGGCUAGUGGCUGCUUUGUGAUGAGACAGUUAAGCGACCCUCACUCAGUUCCACAAGCUUUGAUCAAAUUUGGAGUUUUCCUGUGGUUGCUUUAAAUUUUAAGGAAAACUGUGUUUUGGAAAACUGAAUUACAGAUUUUCUGUGGAAUGUACAGUUUCACCCCUCUAUACGGUGGUACCUCAGGUUACAUACGCUUCAGGUUACAGACUCCGCUAACCCAGAAAUAUUACCUCAGGUUAAGAACUUUGCUUCAGGAUGAGAACAGAAAUCGUGUAGUGGUGGUGCAGCGGCAGCAGGAGGCCCCAUUAGCUAAAGUGGUGAGCUUCAGGUUAAGAACAGUUUCAGGUUAAGAACGGACAUCCGGAACGAAUUAAGUACUUAACCUGAGGUACCACUGUAUAGCUAUUUUUAAAACUAAUGCAGCAUGUUUCAAAGCCCCUCUUAACAAUGCCUUUUUGGUGCAUACCGGCAGAAGAAACAAACCUUCCAAUACAAACUCCUCCCUUUCUACACACAGUUGCACAUGGUGCUUUGAUGUUACAGCAAUUGCUGAAGGGAAGCACAACAUUCCUGAUUGCCUGUUCAGUCUCUUAAAACAAUGAUAAUCCCAGUAAGCUUUUUCAGGAAGGCUGCUAAUAGCAAACCUCGCCAUAUGAAUUAAGCAAUAACAUGCUCUCUGAAUCUUAUCUGAUGACUGUUUCUGCCACCUCAGCAGGUUUGUUUUUUUAAAGGCUAUAAUCUUGUGCCCAAUUAACUGAUGGGUUUGUAAUUCUAUGACUUCAAUAUCUCCAACAUUUUUAGUGUAGUGAUGCUGUCAUACAACAGGCUAAUAGAGAGUGACCUUCAUUUGAAUCUUUGUACUAAGACUUUUUCAAGAGGAUUGGUCUCAACUUUCCAUAAAAGCCUUAAUCACGAUUUUUAAGGGUGACACAAUGGCUUACUCAUUAGUGCUCUUUCUAAAAGCUGUACUUGGAAUUGAUUGCAACCUUCAUUGUAAAUAAAAAGAGUGCACUUGAUUGUGCCUUUCUAAAUUUUUUCCAUUUUCUGGAUUUCUGAAUGCCAUCUGGAUAUAAACAUUUACCUGCUUCAGAGGUACAGGCUUUGAUUUUUCCAAAGUCCCUGGCUUAUUUAGGGACUUGUAAGGGAAUAGAGUGAUGUGUCCACUGCAGAUCUCGCUGCUUCCAAGUCUAACUAGCAAUAACCUGGAGUAAGGCUAGAGACCUGUCAGCAAAUAACUGUAAUGAGAAAAGGUUCCUAAGAGAAUAUCCCCAGGAUAGCAAGUUCAGGGGAGUUUGGGUAGAAAAAAAGGUAGCUUGCUCUGCCUCUUUCAGUUGCUGCUGUUAGCCUAUCUCUGAAAAAACUCCUCUGGGGAAUGGCUGCAUAGCUUUUCACCCCCCACCUUUAUCUCUGUUAAUCCUAUGGGGGGAAAGAUUCCAUCAUUAUUACACCCAUUUUACAAAGGGGUGGGCAGGGCUGUGGCUGAAGGUGUCCCCGGUUUUUAAUUAAAUUUUAAUUAAAGGCUAGGAUAACAACAGAAAAAGCGCAGCAUGCAAGGCAAAAAAACCCAAGGGUGAGCACAGCUCUCUCUAGCUUUCCAAAAGUGGGUCUAGCAUCAUUCUCAAAUUUUGAGUCUUCCAUUCUGCCCUCCUUUUAUCCUUACAAUUACUCUGAGAGCAAGCAGGAACUGGAAUCCAUAGCUGGAGCUACACUGAUCUGUUAAUCACUAACAAAAUUCCACCUUCUCCCUCUUCAGGUUGCUGUUCAACAGGCGAAGCUGACUCCUGGCCCAUGACAUUAAGGGAAGCUUUAUGAGUAUAUUACUUUGUCAUUUCAUAACUACUUCUUUUCUUUUUUGCAGGCAAUAAUAAACAGCACCAUCACUCCCAACAUGACAUUCACUAAAACAUCACAGAAGUUUGGUCAGUGGGCAGAUAGCAGAGCAAAUACUGUUUAUGGCUUGGGAUUUUCCUCUGAACACCAUCUCUCAAAAGUAAGUAAAAGGCAAGGUAAUAUCUCAACAUGGUCUUGAAGUGUUGUCUAGUGUGUGUCUGCAAAGAUGCCUCCCUACCCCUGCCCUGGAGGAAGACUCAUCAAGGAAACCAUAAGUUGCCACUAUAUUCCUCCAAUUCAUAGCAGUAAAAGCAAAAUAAUUGCAGUUUUGGGAAGAAUAAUGCCAUAUUAAUUCUCAAAUUUAUUCUUUUGCUCUUUUAAUACUUUACUAUUCCAAAGGCUGAAAUAGAUUUUUUUUUAGCCUAUAAAAAGUUACUAAAACUACUAAAGCCAUCAAUCAUGAAUUUGCAGAACCCUGGAUACCAAAACUAAGCCUGGGCUUCUUGUUAGGCAGAGUGAGGCAGCUGCCUUAGGUAGCAAGUGCUGGGUGGUGCAGGAAGUAGCAGCAAGACAUUGGAGCUGCAUGGGCCUGCCCUGAAACCCCAUAAAUGAGCUUGCUGCCCUUGUGGGCAGUGGAAGAUGCUUGACCCAUCACUAGAGUCCAACCAAGUACAACUGCCAUUCUGCUUAGUUUCUGUACAUGGAAUGGGGUGAGUGCCAUCAUGUUGUUUGCCAAAUGACCAAAACCCACUCAACAUUCAAAGCCCUUAAACUUUGUCCAGGAUGGGACUUGGCAGCACUUCUCCAUGUGCAUUACCUGUUUUGGGUUGAGAGUGCUCUCAUCUAGUCUUACAGUUAUAUAACCUGAUGGAGAAGGUGAACCUUAUGUGUUGGGUUGGAGUCAGUACAAGUUACAUUGGCCAAUGAGUGGUUUCCUUGAAUUGACCAAACCACUGGCACUGAAGACCAUAAUUCAUUCAGGUUUUGUUCUGAUUUCUGCUUUGGUUGGCUUGCUUUCAUUUUAUGAUGGUGAGGCAUGAAGCAAAGACCCAAGCUGGAGAAGAGGCAAUAGUGAGCUACAUGGUCAGCGCACUGAUAUUGUCUUCCUCAGCUCUCCAUAUAAUCUUGUUCAAUGGGUUUAUAUUCACUUUUAAAGUGGUAUGGGAUCUCAAAUGGAGGACACCCUCUUUAAACCGCACUUGACUAUUCUAGUGAACAUUUGCCAGCUCCCACAGUUCACACUCCCCCUUCCAGCUGAGAACCUACAGUGGCCAUGGUAACGGAGCUGCCUUUGGUGCAAGAGAGAUUUGGCAGUGGGCACUUAAUAAGUCAGGGUUUAACCCCAGUAGUGCUAUAGUGUAGCUUGAGCUCUAGGAAUACAGGGAGCUGCAUUUAUACUACAUCAUAUUGUUUGCCAUCUAGCUCAAUAUAGUCUGCUCUGACUGCCUGUGACUCUCCAGGGCCUCAAGCGUAGGCCUUUCUCAUCUCCCGUUACCUGACCAUUUCAACUAAAGAUGCCAAUGGAUUGUAUCCAAGACCUUCUAGAUGCAAAGCAUGUUCCCUACUAAGCUAUGAGCUAUCCAUAGAGCUAUUCAUUUGUGUGGGGAAAGUAGGUUUUUAAGAGUAUCCUAUAUAUGGAGCAGAGUAUUUGAACAGAUGUAGCCCAGGGAACAUUGACUUCUUGCACAUUCUUUUGAAUUGUUAUAGCAUGCAGCUGUUCUACAGAGAAGUAUGUAGUGGGGAACAUGUGGUUUUUUGCACGGUAUCUGAAGAAAGCAUUGAAUUUGGAAAUGGUUGGGCUGCCUACUUGUCAAAAUUGCUGAAACAGAUACAGUAUUUUUCGCCCUAUAAGACGCACCGUCCCAUAAGGCGCACCUAGUUUUUUUGGGGGGGAAAUAAAGGGGGAAAAAAUUAUUUCCCCCCCAGGCGUUGGGCUGGCCCGAGCUUCCCCCGACCCCAGCCCCCAGAACAGGCAACUCUCCGCAAGCCGUGGGAGCCCAGCGCCGGGCUCCCGUGCCUUGCGGAGAGCUGCGCGAAGUCUGGGCGCACUGAGCUCAGUGUGCCCAGCCUUCGGCAUGCAGGCAACUCUCCGCAAGCCGCGGGAGCCCGGCGCGGGCUCCCACGGCUUGCGGAGCUCUGCGCGAAGCCUGGAGAGCGAGAGGGGUUGGUGCGCACCGACCCCUCUCGCUCUCCAGGCUUCAGUGAAAGCCUGCAUUCGCCCCAUAGGAUGCACACACAUUUCCCCUUCAUUUUUGGAGGGGAAAAAGUGCGUCCUAUGGGGCAAAAAAUACGGUAGUUCUGUGGAACCAGACAGGUGCUUGAGUAGUGAAAAUUAAACAAAUGUAAAAGCAAGUGUAAGCCAGUUAGAUUGGGAACAAAAAUGACUUCUUGGCAAAUUACAAAAGGAUUAUUUUUCAAAUAUAGAUGCCUGCACAUCUGUAUCUUGGUGAUAAAAUGGUCAAGUAAACCAGAGGUUUAUAUGCAACAAAGAAUUAAAGAAAAUAAGGGAAAGCUUUCCUCUCAAAUUUCUCCACUGGCCCUUGGGAAUCUGUCCUCCUAUAUGCUCCCCAGCUCAGAGUGUGACUUACGUGUGAGAACCAAUGACAAUAAUAAUAAUAAUUUAUUAUUUAUACCCCGCCCAUCUGGCUGGGUUUUCCCAGCCACUCUGCAGGUAGAGACAUCAGCAAGUGUAACAGAGGAGCAUAUGCCAGACCCUGUACACUAGGAGAAUUCUUCUCUGAUUUACUAUUCAUAAUGUCUGAAUUCAAAGGUUCUCAUCCACUGAUAGAGAGUGCCUUUCUCCAGUGGAAGAGAGGAGCCUUUGGCUCCCAUCUAAAGAACUGAUGAUUCAUAUCAUCUGAAGUAAAAUGCCAUUUAAAAUUGAUUACUUACACAGGAUUAGAAAAAACCCACAGAGCCACUUGCUGGGGGUGGGGGGGGGGAGGCUAGCAAGCUGUAUUCUGAAAAUUAAUGGUGACUAGUACUGUAGAAAAAUAUAGUAGGCUCAGAACAGCAACAGUUUCCUUAUGAAUCUCUAGGCAGGAAUAUUCAGCCAUGGCCUUUCAGCAGUCCUUGCUUUACUUCGGUAGAAACCCAGCCAGUCAGUGGGUAAAAGAGCAAGAGCAUUCAAGUAUACCUAAAGGUCCUCUUCCCUGAUACUGCAGGCUCUGACUGGUUAACUGUUAUACCAAAAGUUUCGCCGCAUAACUGACUUUUGGCUACAGGCUAGAUGACAGUUUUUGAAGGGUAUGGGUUAGGACAUUUUUGAGAGGUAGCAACCUGGCUUAGCAAUCUGAAUAGCUGUUCCACAUUGCAUUUUGUAGAUAGAAUGACAAACAGAAGACAGAUUCUUUGUGACCACCACCACUAGAACAUGAUAUUUCAAAAACGGUCUCUUCAGAUUCUCUAUAAACCCCUGUUGAUUAUUGGAGAGCAAAUGUUUUUCUCUAGCCCAAUUUAUUAUAUAGAAUAUGUUCUGCUUAGCAAAGCUAUGCUAUAUACAGUGUAUAAUUAUGUAAUCUUUGCCUUUAGUUUGCAGAAAAAUUUCAGGAAUUUAAAGAAGCUGCACGGCUAGCUAAGGAAAAAUCCCAAGAAAAGAUGGAAUUAACAAGUACACCCUCACAGGUGCGUUUGUUCUGCUCUCUGUUCAGAUUGGAUUCUGAAUGCUACUAACUUCUUUGCAGAUGGGCUUCAUUAAUCCAUUUUACUUUGCAGUUUGGGAAAGACAGGUGCUUAGUUGCAUGCAAACUGUUUCACAGUCCUGUACCUGGUUUGACAAUAGUUAUGUUGAAUAAUGCUCUGUAAUAGAUUCUGUGGGGUUUCUGUGGGAGUGUGUAUGCAGCCCAAGUAGCAGUAAUUUAUAUAGUCUUAAGGUUGGGAUAGCACCAACACUGGGUGAGAGGCAGAGUGGGCUUGCAUACAGCCCUUCAGUAUUGCAAGUUCAGCCCAUUUUUGGCUCUGGCUUCACUCAUCAUAGAAGACAUGUGCAUGCACUGUUUUUCCCCCAUGGGUCAAUCAGUGACCCUUUGUAAGAAGAUGAUUUCAUGCCCCUGUUAACCUAAUGGCAAAUACCUAAGCUUGGGUUUUAACUUUUAUGCUGCACCAAAGGAGACCUGCAACAAAAUGCUGCUAUGCAUCAUUGCCUCUAGCAGGAGUACUCCUAUUCAGGAUUCAGAUAGCGACUUUUCUAGAAUACAGUACUGUAAGAAACUGUAGGGACCAGGGGAAGGACAGCAGGAUUACCGGUAUUUCCUAGACUGACAAUUGGCUGUAGUGUGCAGUUGCAUUCUUAUCUCCAAUCUAGGGCAACUGAGGAGCUAGGGAGGGGGCAGAGAGGAUUUUGGGCAGUGAGGAUAAUAGAGGAGGGUAAAUCUAAGCAAAGAGGACGCAGGUGGCGCUGUGGGUUAAACCACAGAGCCUAGGACUUGCCAAUCAGAAGGUCGGCGGUUCGAAUCCCCGCGACAGGGUGAGCUCCCGUUGCUCAGUCCCUGCUCCUGUCAACCUAGCAGUUCAAAAGCACGUCAAAGUGCAAGUAGAUAAAUAGGUACCACUCCGGCGGGAAGGUAAACGGCGUUUCUGUGCGCUGCUCUGGUUCGCCAGAAGCGGCUUAGUCAUGCUGGCCACAUGUCCCGGAAGCUGUAUGCCGGCUCCCUUGGCCAAUAAAGCGAGACGAGCGCCGCAACCCCAGAGUCGGCCACGACUGGACCUAAUGGUCAGGGGUCCUUUUAAAUCUAAGCAAAGUGGGGGGAUGGGGAUGCUGAGGAAAGGUGUGCUGUGGAAGAUGGAAAAAGAAAAGGCGACUUAGGGGCUCCUGGCCUCAAAUUGUUAUUUCUUGCCCUCAAUAGCUAUUUCUUUCCCCAAAAAGCUUGCCAGGGUUAGAGGGCAGGGAAUCUUGAGAGAAGUAUGGUGGCACAGGGACGCCUGCAAGGAAGACUGGGGACUUAAUCCUAUCUGCCUAGGCUGUGCAUGGCUGCCAAGCAGGCAAGCAAAAGCAAGGAAGUACUAAAGAUACUAUGUCCUUGCUUUGUCUCACACAACAGCUAGUGGCUGCUUCUCACUUUGCUUUUGAGCAUAUUUCUCCAAAAACGACUGCUUUCAAUUGAACUCUGUCUCAGUUUUUCCAGUCCAUGUUAGUGGCAGUUAUUGAUGGAAUGUAGCUCCCUGUGUGGUGUUGUUUACUUCCCUCAGUUAGUACCUGCCUACCUUCCUGAGUUCCAGAAACCUGGGGUCCAUUUUGGGGCAUGCACAUGUGCAUUCAUUUACCUGUGCACAUGGCCAUAAAAAGAGAGAGAGAGAUACAAACUUUCCAAUAUACCAGACUUUCCCAAAACAGACUUGAACAAAACUGUGGAUUAAAAAAUAAUUUUUAAAAUGUGUGUGCUGCACCAGUGGAAGUAGAGGGUGUGGUGAUAGAUGGGAAAACAUUACCACAGAAGUUAAAAAAACAAACCACCUACACAAUAUGCUUCAGUUUGUCCAAAGCUGAGUAACAUGUGGUGUUAUCUUUGAUAUUUUUCUUACCACAUUAUCCAUGGAUGGAGAAAAACUGAAUUAAAUGGGGGGAACAUGUGGGCUGCCACUUGGAUGAGGACAACUUUGUGUGGGAUGACAUGAAAAACAUGCACACAUGGCAUGCAUCAAUUUACACUGUGGUGUGUAUGUAUCUGGGGUGCAAUAUGUUCAGUGUAAGAUAUUAGAUACCAAUGACAAAACUGCACAGGUUGGAUUUUUCCUACUGAGCACAUGUUUCUACUAAAACUGUUACAGCAAAAUAUUUCUAUUUCACCAGCUCAUGAAUGAUAAUGGAAAUCAAAUGAUAAAUGUUCCCAUCUACCCUACAACAGUACAUCCUAGAUAUUCCAUAGGAUAGCUGCUUCUACCUUACAUUACAGACAAUUCCACCUAGGACAUGUUUUGUGUCUUGGGGGCCUAACAUCCUUGGGCAUUUUGGCCUCAGUACAAUAUGCAGAAACCCUUAUAUCCUCCUGUGUGUAUUCUGGAGUCUGUCUGCCCCCGCCCAAACUAAGAUUGUAGCAGGGCGUCCUAGCAGGUAACAUUUAGGAAAGACAAUUGCCAAGACACUUAUACAGUAUAUGCAUACUUUUCCUGGCUGAGGUGAGAUCCCUUGAAGCUAUAGCUGUAGUUUGGUGUUACGUACUAGCUCAAAAACAUAGACUACAAACGCAACGCUUACCCUCAACAAUGAGAAAAAAUUAAUGUUUAUGUGUGGUGUGAAAUAUAUGUUACUGCUCUGUGGAAGCUUCCAUCAGAUAAAAAAUUCAAUAUGAAAAUUCUUCAGUUAGAAAGAAGUUGUUAUAAAUAUGGAGGAAAACCAGGAUCAGUGUUGCAUGUGGAUUAUAUCUCCUCUCACUCUUUUCCUUAUGUAGUAAUUGACUUGCAAGUAUCAACAAGGCUUUCAUGAGUGGCAUUUGGUAUUUAUAUUUUAAUCUGAAUUUAUUUAUUUAUUUAUUAUUUACUGGUGCAUUAAUUUAAAUAGCUGCUAGAAAUGGUCAGUUGUUGUUUUUUAUUUGUCAAUGCAACCCCGUACCUUUAUUACCUAUAAGUCUUCUGGCACUGCAGCUUUAAGAAUAGUUGCUGAAAAGCUUAGAGGAAAGCUUUUAAGUAUACCCAGUGAAUAUUAUAAUAACAUUGCCCCUGUUAGUUUUCUUAUCUUCCUUGUAACCACCUCAGGUGUUCAAUCUGCUCUGAAAUACAAAAUAAAGCCUUUUAGAAAUCAGGCAACUUUCUGUUAAAAUGCAGAAUUUCAUGUUGCUUUGUCUGGAGUUUCUUGAAAAUAAGAAACUGCUAUUUGGUUUUACUUAAAGAACACUUCAGUUGUUAUAGUUACAAAAGAAAUAUUGAAAAUGUGAACCUAGUGCAUGCCUUAAAUACUUUUUAAAAAUACUAAUAGCAAUAUGUUCUGAUACUUAAAUGAUUGUAUAGCAGUAAUCAUUUGCCCCUCUCCACACCGCUCCUAUAAUUGGAAUGUAGAAACUGGUCACCCUUUUGUCACAGAGUAAAGGUAAAGGUACCCCUGACCGUAAGGUCCAGUCGCGAAUGACUCGGGGUUGCGGCGCUCAUCUCACUUUAUUGGCCGAGGGAGCCGGCGUGCAGCUUCCAGGUCACUUGGCCAGAAUGACUAAGCCGCUUCUGGCGAAACCAGAACAGCACACAGAAACGCCAUUUACCUUCCUGCCAGAGCGGUACCUAUUUAUCUACUUGCACUUUGCUUUCGAACUGCUAGGUGGGCAGGAGCAGGGACCAAGCAACGGGAGCUCACCGCGUCACGGGGAUUCGAACCGCUGACCUUCCGAUCAGCAAGCCCAAGGUUCAGUGGUUUAGAUCACAGCACCACCUGCAUGUCACAGAGUAGCUUGGUCCAAAGGGUUAGGUUCAUGCAAUAUCCAGGACACUGUGUAAACCUCCCUGACCAGUCAGCCUGAAUCACAUUGCUUUAAAUGGCAGUAAGUGUCUUUGAGUUUUUCCUCAUACAAGACCCAGGACUCAUAUAUUUAUUCCUGUGAAUGGAUGAUAACGUAAUAGGGAAAAUAAGAAAGUUGGCAGUAUGCAGUUUGAACUGUAUUGUUUCCUAGGGCUGCCAUAUAUCCGGAUUAUUCCAGACAUUACUGGGAUUUCAAAGGCAGAAUUGAUGUUUGGGAGGGAUUUCUGAAAGGUGGUGCUUUUUUGUAUUAUUUGUUUUUUUAAAAAGCUCAACAACUUUUGGGGUGCCCUGGUUUUUACUUUUUGAAAUAUGGCAACCUUACUGUUUCCUAAUUCAUGAGUUUUUUUCUGUUUACAUGUACGGUAACUGGUGAAGACUGUUUUAGGUAAUUAACGUUAAAUACCAACAUGAAGAAGAAUCACUAUCGCAUGAUCACCUUUGCUGACAGUUGCACUAUUAAUUCUGUUCUUCCAAUCCCUAACUAAAUUUCAGUUACUAACAGAAACACUGUGUUAUUUUUUACAAAAAGUAAACUGAAAGUGACUUACAAUAUAAUACAAAAAUUAAAACCAAUACAACAAAACCCUUAAAACGUUCAUAUAUAUAAAAUACGGUCUAACACAUCCCAUCCACUGAAGGAGGCCACAAUAUUUAAAACUCUCCAGGUUGAAGACAAAAAGCCUGGCUGAAAAGAAACAUUUCUGCUUAGUGCCUAAAAGUCGCUAGUCAUGGCACCAGACAUGUCUCCCUGAGAAGAGCAUUCCAUAAGCAGGGAGCCACCACUGAAAAGUCCCGUCCUCAUGUUGCCACCUUCUGUACUUCCCCUAUUCCACAGAGAAGGGCCUUAAGUGAUGAAUGCAGGGUCUGGGUUGGUUCAUGUAGGGGUAGGUGGUCCUUGAAGUAUUACGGUCUUGAGCCCCAUAAAGCUUUAUAGGUCUAAAGCUUAGAAUUGGGUCUGGAAGUUAAUUGAAAAUGUACCAGAAUUGGCGUUAUAUACUCAAACCAUCUUGCAUCAGCCAACAAUCUGGUUGCUGAGUUCUGUUUCAACCAUAGUUUCUGAACUGUCUUUAAAGGCAGCCCCACAUAUAAUGCAUUGCAGUAAACUAUUAAUUCAUGAGGUGUUGUAAGUUCCCUGACUAUCAUAUGGAUAGGGAUGUAGGUGGGUGUGGAAGAAGAGAGGGAAGGUAUUUCCAUUUGAUUCAGACCUAGCCUUAGGUGAUAAGGCAUCUUUAAAUAUGCUGCAACCAGAGGGUAAAGAAUUUUCCAGCUAAUGUGAUUUUUAUUAAUAUGUGACAAGAAGUAUUUGAUCUAUCUUGGUUUUUAAAAAAUUCCUAUGACAACCUGACUUACAGAAUUUGAGUCAUUUAUGCAAACGUACAGGACAAUUUUGUAUUCAUUUGCUCUGGAUUUUAGUACACAUGUUUUUAAGCUGUUGUGUAAAACUCCCAUUUCAUAUUGGUACACAAAGACUGAUUUAAAUGUAUAUCUUGUUAUAUAAUGAGGAACAUCUUAAAUACAGCAAAUGUAAUAACAACUGUGUUUGAGUCAGUGGGAUAUACAAACUACUAUAGGUAUCUUAAGUCUUUUGCAUUUGUUAGUUUAUUUCCAUACAAAAUGGAACUUAAAUGUGGUGUAUAUGUCUUUAACUACUAGAAAAGUCAGAAAAUGGGAUCCAGAGUCCCCAAAGUGGAAACAUUACCAUAUCCAUAAUAUUUGUAGUACUACCAUACUGCUCCCAAAAUUGAAAUUUGGAGCGCACAUUAUCCUAGACACCCUGCUUAACUAGAGAAAACUGAAAAUUGUCCCUCCUGCCUUCAAAAGCAAGGGUCUGAAGUUUAACCCAAAAUUGUUAAAGUACUCCAAAUCAACCAGAAAGCUGUAAUUUGGUAUACAUGUGGCCCAGGGCAUACUGAUUACUAGUAAAGAUGGAAACAUGAUCAUAUAUAUGAUCUCUUAUGGUGAGAUGUGACAUUUAUUUUGUAACAGAAGCCAGUACUCUACCACAUAAAACUAAAUGGUCUUAAUGGGCAUUCUAGGCCAGUUCCCUAUGGAAGUAAAGAUCACCAAUUAAUUCAUUUGUUUUUCUUUCAAACGAUGGAGGAAAACCUUGCCAUUCCCGCCCCCCCCCCCCUUAUAUCUGCUAAGGGUGUAAUAGGUGUAAAAUUCAACUCUAGUACUUGGAUGUUUGUCUAAUAUUGGAAGUACAUUUGUGCAUAAUUCAGUGUGUAACCAUAAUUUUCUUUUUUUAAGGAAUCUGCAGGAGGUGAUAUUCAAUCUCCUCUUACACCUGAGAGUAUUAAUGGAACAGAUGAUGAAAGAACAACCCCAGAAGUGACGCAAAACUCAGAACCAAGGGCUGAACCAACCCAGAAUGCAUUACCAUUUGCGCAUAGGUACAGAUUUCAUUCACACAUCCUUAUUAAGUAAUACGUGUGCACUUUAUUGUUAAGACGGCCUCUUUCUCCAUUUGUUUAAUUUAAAAUUUUAAAAGACUUAAUGCUUGCAGUGUGGAUCUGUGUCCAAAGAGGCAUUUGUGCAGAGGGUGCAGUGAAGGAGCCACACUAUUACUAAGGGACUACUAUUCAGUAUAAAAAGAAGCUUGUCUCUUCAGGAGGGAAACCACUGCAGCAAAAACAAGAAACUUCACAGGUUUCGCCCUCCUGUGUGCAUAGCUCACUUAUGUCUUACCCUUUUCUUAAAGUAAAGAAAAGGAAAUGGAAUAGAAUGGCUGCUUUUGAGCUUCAACAUUUUUUUGUCUGGGAAGCACAAUACAGAUGCCUCUGAGACUUUAAUAUUUUGGACUAAAUGCAGAUUAGAAGAAGAAGGGGGGGGGUAGAAGCUGCAACAAAAUGUUGCAGUGCGGAGUGCUUCUGUCCAGGGUGCCAGUCAGCCAUGUCAGAAUUCUUAAUUUCUUACCUCCUAUCCCCUGUUUUCCUCUCUGCCCCCACCCCCACUCACCCGCUGUUGGUCAGCAAUCCAGGCCUACUGAGCAUGCUCAUUCCUCACUGGGCUAUUUUGGGGAAGUGGCUUUAAAAAUUGCUUGUGCUUCUGCAGCCCUUUGGGCUCCGGGCUCCUCCCAGCUGGCAGGUUCCUCCCUGUUGUGUUUGGAUGGUGCUAUUACGGCUACAUAAGGAUCCACACUAGGAGAAUUGAGUUUGCUAUUAAUAUAUAGGAUGAGUGAUCACACUAUGCUGCAACCUUUAACUUUCUAGUGUACAAGAAUAUUUUAUACUGCUUCAAGAAUUAUUGGUCUAGUGUGUGUAUUUUGUGGGUAAUGAGAAUUACUUCAAAUUCUUGAGCUACGUGGUAUUAUUCUCUUUUGCACUUAAAAAUGACACUUAAGCAGGUCUUGAAUGUCAAAGGAAAUGCUAAUAUCCAAAACAAGUAUGUUUUAUGGGAAAAUAUGACAUUAUAUAAUACCUUCAGCCUGAUGAUUAAAACAUUGAUGAAAUCAGAAUUGUGAUAUUUCACAUGAAUAAGAGCAGGCAGGUGUUUGACAUUUAUUAUAUAGUGAACCAUCUUUUCGCAUCUAGAAGGGCUGAACUUUAACUUUUCUAAUGUAAUUUUUAUAUAUUGCACUAAAGCACAUUAAGUUGAAGCAGAGUCUUUGAAUUAUUUCGAGUUGCUGUAGUUUCCAAUUCUUAUAUAAAAACCUGUGGGCACAGAACUGUGCCCACCUUCUAUUUUAGAUAGUCCCAAUCACUUGUGGGAUGGGGAAAGAAGACCAAAAUACAAUCUCACCAUCCCCAUAUCAAACAGCUGAUUAAUUUGAGAUUGCUUAUCAGUGAUGAGAACUGUAUGUGCAGAUAUGGGUUCUGGAUAUUAGGAUCCAGAUUAUGGUUAAGGUGAAACCGUACCAAAUUUGUCCAGACACAUUUACUACUCUAGCCAUCAAAAUAUAUGAUCAUGAGUUGAGCUAAAUAACUUGAAAAGUAUAUGUUGAAGUGACUUUGGUAACCUAUCUUGAUUAUUGCAAUAUGACCAAUUCCUAUUUACAUUGUGGUAAAUUAUGUCUGAAGACAGGAGUGCCUGGCGUGCUCUGGUCCAUGGGGUCAUGAAGAGUCGAACACGACUAAAUGACUAAACAACAACAAAUUGUGUCUGUUUUUAAUAACAAUUUAAAAACUGUCACUCAGACUAACAGCAGAUAAUAUUAUUAUUUCCCUGAAAAUAAGUAAUUGUACUACAGUUUAAACUGUAUCAUUAGUAGCAGAAGUCUAAAUUUGAUCUAUGUACAUUUCUACAAUAUGUAUACACACUUUGAGAGAGAAUCUUUUACAGUAUCGUGCUAUCGGGCUUCAAAAUUUUGAAUUGGUCUUCCAGUACUCAACCUUCUGCUGAAACAAAAGAAUAUUUGUUGCCUGAAUCUCAUGUGAACAGUCUCAUCUUAAGUUACUUACAGCUAGAUUUCACCAGCAAGUUAUGAUUUAAUAUGCAGAGGUGACUGUCAACAUACUGGUAUAUGUUGUAGUUCAGUGUAGAUUUUUAUAGACAACUGCUUUGUUAUGGGCUCUUCUUGAUGGAGAGAGUUUGUAGACUUUUAGAAACUCCUAGGAUAUUUUUUUUUAUCAGAAAGGUAUGUUUCUUUGAAGAUCAAAAAAAUUGUGUUCACAAAUACUUCGGUUUCUAUUCUGUAAGUUAGGGGUGUGCGGGUGUAUGCGGGUAUGUGUGAAUGAAAGGGUGGGAGAAGAAUCUCAAAUUGACUUCUGAAAAUGGACUGUUGUGGUAAUCGUGCUGAUAGGAACAUAUAACUGAGUGGGAAUUACAUCCCCUGUUCUGUGGAUCUGAAAUGCUGAAGAUUUAUACUUACUGUUGUAUCUGCUGCCCACUUUUUAAGAAGAAAAAGGCAAAAUUUUCAAUAGAGCUCUUUCCCUGAUAUGAAAACUUUGGCAAAAAAAAUGUAUUAAUUGGGUUUUUGGAUAUUUUUCAAAGGAGACCAUGGGGGGGCAGGGCGGAAUAGCCAUCCUAGAUGUUUUAAGUUUUUGCAUGUGCAUAAUUUACUUAUUAUUGUGAAAGUUGGGGGGGGCUGCUGGAAAGCUAGCCACAUUUAUAAAUUUGAAUCCAAUUUUGGAUGCUUCUAAAAUCAACCUUUACAUUAUUAAAUGUUCAUUUUACAAGAAAACCAGAACAUUGCUUGAAAACAAGUGGAAUGUUGUUUAAUAACCUUUAAAAACUGGAGAUUAAUAAGUAGGUUGGAGACAGCUUCUCAGAUAUUUCGGAUGUCCUGUUAAAAUUGCUUGUCAACACUGACUUGAAGAUGUUCCUAAGUAUCUUUUCAGUAUCAUAAACUGUGUCAUAUAUCUUCUUAUUGGAACAUUUUAAUAUAUAGUGUGUUUGGAAAAUACAUUGUAGGACUAACAGAAAUAGAUUUACAGUGAUGUGAUUGCUUGCCUACUUAAGUAAUUGUUUUUUUCUGUUGAAAGUUUUGGCAAAAAAACCCCCACAAACAAACCUGAUUUAUUGCCAUAGUGAAGAGGUUCUUUCAGAUCAUGGAUUUCAUUUAAUUUUUAUUCUCUGUAUAGCAAACCAUUUGAUAAUGCUGCAUGUAUAUCCAUUACUGUAACAAAUUUGUUAAGACCCUGUUUCUCUCCUAUGGGUUAUUAUUAAAGAAUGACUAUAGAAAUUUACCUUUUGAAGACUGGCUUGCAUUUUUUAAAUAUGUAUUACGUUUGUACUGAGGCAUUUAUAACUUGACUGUUUAGCAAAAAGUUUUUUUUUUUAAUUAAAGGCUUUACUAUAUUCCUUAAAUAUCUUAAAUUUGAAUUCAAACAUCAUCUUCGAUUUGCACAACCUUCCUAUGUGUGUAGUUUAUCCUUGCUUUAAAUCACAUCAAUAAAUGGUAAAGAUAAAUUGGCUUUUUACCUGUCCUUCAUCAUAAGGUCCCAGGGUAGAAGAUUAUAACAAUAUAAUGGCACUGCAAGCAAAAAUGUAGCAACCCUAGCCCAGUAUUAAUUUUUCUAUAGGUCCUUUCCAUCCUUGGUUCCUCUUUUAUCCCAAGUUCUGUUCUUGCACCAAUUACAGUUGCUUCAAACCCUUGUUUUGCUUACUACUCCUUCUUCUAUUCUAUCAGCUACUUUGGCUCAUGCUCAGCAUUCUUUGUUGUACAACACUCAUUUCAUUCUUUCCCAGCAAUAUACAGCUUAGACUAUGGAUGAGUCUUUUCUCUAUAUGAAGAGAGGCAGAUGUGCACAUGAACAGUUUUAGCUCUGUGAAACUGCUCCUGCAAUCCACCAACUCCUAGCUUCUCUCAAAGGACUUUGCAUCUGUGUGUUUCAUGGUUCCUAUUCCCAUUCUCAGUUCUUAGAAUGUUUGCAAAUAUGUUAAGGCGUCAUCAGUUGAUGCCAGAAGUUUCACCAUCACCACAACCAAAAUCCUUUUGUUAGGUCAAUUCAUUAUCUUAUAUAAAUAACAGCAAACUAGUGCUUAUUAAAUAGAAGUGUAAUGCAUUGCAGAAAAAAAAGCACUCAAAACUCCAGCUGGUCUGGUAUCAGUGUUGUCAUCCUUGUACAUUCUGCCUUUUGUUCAAAAGUAAAUUAUUCAGGAAAUUAUCAGAAUUUAAAUUCUGAGCAAUAUUGUUUCCUUCCUUUGCUUCAUGCCCAUGAAGCAAAAGUACUUUUGUAUAAAUUAUGGUCAACCCUUAUUGGGAUCUGGCCAGACAUCCCAAGAGUAGCCCUCUUGCCUGAAGGGAAAUGAGCACAGAUAUUGCAGUGCUAGUUUUCAGGAAAGAUUUGUGCGGAUUCAUAUGUUAUGGGUACUAUAUAGAGAAAGGUCCUUUCUAGCAGCAAACAAACUAAUUAAAAGCAAUGGUGCCUAGCCACAAAUGAUAAGUAAAAAUAAUAUAAAAGUCAGGGUAAAAAUUGCUGGAGUAUUUUAUUUACAAAUAAAUACAAAAAUUCAAUGAUAGAGCACAUGCUUUUCAUGCAGAUGAACCCAAAUUCAAUCUGUGGCAUCUCCAGGUAUGGCUGGAAAAGGCUCUUGGCCUGAAACCCUGUAGUGAACCACAUGGACCCCAUGAUCUGGCAUUGUAGAAGGCAGGUUUCUAUUAUUAAACCAGUGAUAUAUCUACACGUCAGCAGACAAAAAGCACACAUUAUUUUGGAACUCUACAUUCAUGUGAUAGAGUUUAAAAACAACAAUAAUAAACAUGUUGCUGACCAACGUUCUUAAAAACCAUAAUGCAGUGUAAAUAUGUUUUAAUUGAAAGUAGCACAGGAAACAUCUAAUAACAGAUAGUUAAUGCAUUUUAAUACAUAGUCUUCAAUGGCUCAAAUUUACAAAGUAGUGUCAUAUUUCAUUUUCAGAGUUCUCCUCCAGUUCAGGCUUGCAUAUAGUUACGUAGCCUAACAGUAGAAGCCUGUGCAUAUUUCCUUGGAAGUAAGUCCCAUUAUGCUUAAUAAGGUUUACUCCUGUGUAAAUGUGUAUAGGAUUGCGAUUUAAAGCAGGAGUUCUUCUCCUCAUUGAAUUCACUAUAAUUUAAAUCUUAAAUGAUUUUCAUCAUACGUUUAUCUCAAUCAUCUCAUGAAUAUAACAAGCGUUUAUUUGGAUCUUAAGAGAAAUUAAUUCAAGGAAGUUCGCAGAAGGAAGGUUUCCCGCCCCUUUUCAUUUGCAGCAAUCUGCGCCCUUCCAAAAAGCAUUUUGCUUUUAAUAAAUGUUCUUUGUAGAACUGGCAAUUCCCUCCUGAACAAAACUGGAUGGAUCAGGGGGGAGGGGAAGGGAGGAGUUGAGCAGCUGGAGGAAAGCAGAAUUUCCCAAAAUUGGUCUUGGAACAAAAACUAUGUUAAGCAAGUUUACAGAAGGAAAGUUUUAAUUUGCAUCCCCACACACCCCUUUCUGCAUUGUUCAGGAGAGUCCCUGACCCUCUUAAGAGGCUUUGCCUGGAAGGUGGAGAGGGCACAGUUGGCUGCAAGGUGGGGAGGGGAAACUGCCCUUUCAUGAACAUCCUUGUUAGCUUACUUUAUAAUCCAGGUCUUUUGUAGAAGUAGAAGGAUACUAUGUCAAUGCAGGGCCUUAAUUGAUCUUCAGCAUAAUUGAACAAAAUAUUUAUUUAUGCUUAGUGUAAAGAUUUACACUGAGAGAGAAGUGCUUAUAGCAGCGAAUGUAAAUGCUAAGCAUGUACAGCAGGCAAAUUUCUAUCUACACCCCUCUUUGUUCUGCUCCCAUACCAAACAAGAGUCAUUAUCAGAGCUUCGGGAUAUACCCUCUCAAGGCAAAACACACAAGGGUGUGAAGUAAGGUUGCUGAGGCAUGUGGCUUGGAGAGAGAGGAUACAACCUAGAGAGAGUCUCAAGAGCCAAAGGGAGUUUCCCAACCCUGAUUUUAGAAUAAUUCAGUUGAAGCGGCUUCAUUUAUGGCAAAAAGAAAAUAUGCCAAUAACAGCACUAUGGGUUACACAAGACACUAAUCAUGUGGUUUUCUCUUGAGUUCUGUAUUUUUCCUUCACAAAUAUGGGAACUAGUUCCAGACCCUCUAAGUGUCCCUGUUUUCCAGAAGCCAUUCCAGUUUUGAUCUGGUUUGAUCCCAGAAUGUCCCACUUUUUCUUAAGAUGUCCUUAUUUUCAUUGGAGAAAUGUUGGAGAGUAUGGAGUUCUUUACCCCUGCCCUGCCCUGGAAUGCAUUUGUGUUUUUGUGGCAGUUAAUACUACCUUUCAUGAGGAAGUAACAGUAAACGAGAAGAUGAAUUCAACUUGCUUACUAUGCAAACUGCUUUGAGAAUAUUUUGAAGGAUAGUGGUGUAUAAAUAUUUUAAAUAAAUAAUUUUGUAAACAAAUUUUAGUCUUGAAAUUCUGUUCUUAGCCAGUUGAUCCUUUUUGGGGGCGGGGCGGAUUGUAUAGAUCUACCACACACACUAAUUGCAAACUCCUCGUGCUCUAAGUAGCCAAUGUCGCACUAUCCACACAACAGCAAGUUACCACCAAAGCUGACAGAACUUUUUAAAAAGAAAAAAUGGAGGCAAACAGCCCAAUGAUGACUAAGCAUGCUCAGUGGGCAUUGAAUGCUAUUUAACUGUGAGGAAAUGAAACAGAAAAUGUGGUGGGGGGUGGAAUGGUUGGAACCCUGAACUGCGCACUACAGAAUUUUGUUGCAGGUCCCUUGCAAUAAAACUAGUGGUAAUCCAACAUCGCAAGUAUACUGUCCUAUUUCUUCCUUCCAUCCAUAAUGGAAGGAGAGAAGCCUUAGUGCAGGGGCUAUUCCUAUUCCUACACUGAAAAGAAUUGGAUGGUAUGUGUACUUCACUGUUUGGAGAAGAAGUAAAAUGACAGACUUCCAGGACAUUGUGAAGGGAAGGGAGUGGUCUUGCUGGUUAUUACCAUUAGGGGAGGUGCCAAAGGGCCACAUAACUUUAACACACACGUGACAAAUACUGUAAGAGAGUGCAAAUGAUCUGAGAGAACUUUUGCAGAAGCUCACAUAAUAUUGCUGGUUGCCAAGGAGAAAAGUUAUGACCUUUUGCCUCGACCAGUAUUGGAGGCAUUAUCGAACAGGUGUGACUCUCGUGCAGUUGCAUUCAUUAUGGUGCUAAUGAUAGCACUUGACAUCUCGGCGUCCAGGAAAGGCAUAAUUAUUUAUACUCCAAAAUCACUAUACCAGAUGCCAUAUGAAAUGUGGCUCUCUCUUCACACACAUUAAAAAGAUAUUUUUCCCAACCUGCUUUGAGUUAGGAAAAUGCAGUAAUAGCCCUAUCAAAAUAUUUUUAAACGAAAACCUAAACAUUUUAAGAUGGCAGUAGCGUAUGUAUAUAAUGUGUGUAUUAAUUAAAUAGUUCAUUCAGAUAUAAAUAAAUAAAAAUAAGUAAAACAGCAGCAUAGAUUUAUUUUAAAUAAAUGAAAAUACUUAAUACUUAAAAAAAUAGCCCAGUCAUUCUUCACAAACAGCAUUUAAGAAGCAGUGGCCCUAAAUAAUUAAGUUUUGAAAUCCACUUAAAAGUUUGUGCCCAUCUUAUUGGGGAGGAAACUUCAUAAGUUGGGUACCAUCACAACAAAGGCCCUAUCUCUUUUACCUGGCAGCUGAAUCAAAUCUAGAUGCAUGGCAUCUGAAGCACAUUUUCAUACCCAAGCAGGCUUGUAUGAGUGUAGGCUGACCUUCAGGCUACUUGUUCACAAACUCUUUAGGACUUUAAAAUGUGCCAGUAACCAGUACAACUGGUACAGGACCACUGUCACAUGGGACCAGAAAACAUCUGGCAGGGGGGCUGUCUUCUGCACCAGUUGAGGUAUUGGAACCAUCCUCAAUGGUAGCUCCUCUCAGAGUGUCUUACAGUAGUCCAGCCUAGAUGUGACUGGUGCAUGAGCAAUCAAGGCAAGAUCUGACCUCUCUCUAAAUGGGAUGCAGCUGGCAUGAUUCAGAUUCUACUCUUGGUCACAUAGAUGAAGCUGGCAUAAAAUUUCAAUCAUUCCAUGAUGUAGAAUAGUACAAAGGUAGCUCAUUUGGGAAUCCUAGGUUUACAAGAGCCAAGAGAAGAUUUCAAAAACCCUGCAUUGCAUGCCAAAAGACAGGUAAUAACUCAAGGUGUUGCAACUAAUUGUCACAUAAGGGAUUAUUUAACUAGCAACUAUAGAGCACUUUUUACAUUUUAAAGAAAGUGUCCAACAGCUUUUAUUGUGGUGAAUAUAUUUUUCUGCCUUGAGCAUAGAGAGAAGCAGUAAGUAGGGUAAUCCAGUUCUUAAGCAGAGUGGCAAUGAAAAAGGAAAUUUGUACAUUUUUUAUACCAUUUAUGUUAUAUUUAUUUGCUGCUUUUUACAGCAAAGUGUCUUAAACUGACCAACGGGGGGGGGGGGGAUAACAAGAAACAUUAAAACCAAAUGUCAGAACAGCAGUAAUACAAGUACUCAUUCAUAUAUAAAAAAUCCUACCUAUCCCCUUAAAAGAUGAGCACAAAAGAGGCCACAGGUAUAGCUAGUUACCCACUGAAUUAAGGGCCAAAAUUUGGCUGACAUCUAAAAGUAGACCAUAAUGGUGCCAGCUGUGCUUCCUUGGGGGAAAGCUUUCCAGCGUGAAGCCACCAGUGAAAAAGCCUGUACUUGUGUUGCCACCUUCUGCAUCCCUGUGGAUGAGAAACACAGAGAAGGGUCUCAUAUGAUGAACACGGUGUUUGGGUUGGUUCAUGUAAGGAGAGGCAUCCCUGAGGUAUUGGGGUCCUGAGCCACAUAUUGCUUAAUAGGUCAAAACUAGCACUGUUAUGGAAACUUAACUGAUAGCCAGUAAAGUUGUGUCAGGAUGGGUGUUACAUACUCAGUCCACCUGGCUGUUGAAUUCUGCACCCAGAGCGGUUUCAAAGGCAGCCCCAUGUAUAUAGUACAUUGCCGUAAUGUAUACUGGAGUUUACCAGAAUGUAAACAACAGAAGUCAGUUUAUCUCUGUCCAGAUAGCCAUCUGGACUUAGCUGCAUAGAAUACAAUCUGCUCCACCAAGGCCAGUUGUGCAUCAAACAGCAGUAAUGGAUCCAGAAGUAGCCCCAGGCUAUACACCUGCUCCUUCAGAGGGACUGUGACCCAAUCCAGAGCAGCCAUGGAUCUGAGGGAAACACCCACUAACAGCACCUCAGCCUUAUUCAAUUAAGUUUCAGUUUAUUGGGUCUUACCCAGUCCAUUACUGAGGCAAGACACCAGUCUAGCAGAUUCACUGCCACGACUACAUAGAAUCGUAGAACUGUAAAGUUGGAAGGGAUUCCAAGGCUCAUCUAGUCCAACCCCCUGAAAUGCAGGAAUCAUAACUAAAGAGUCAGUGUGGUGUAGUGGUUAAGAGUGGUAAUCUCGUAAUCUGGUGAACCGGAUUUGCAUCUCCGCUCCUCCACAUGCAGCUGCUGGGUGACCUUGGGCUAGUCACACGUCUUUGAAGUCUCUCAGCCCCACUCACUUCACAGAGCGUUUGUUGUGGGGGAGGAAGGGAAAGGAGAAUGUUAGCCGCUUUGAGACUUGUUCAGGUAGUGAUAAAGCGGGAUAUCAAAUCCAAACUCUUCUUCUUCUAAAGAAUCCCUGACCAAUGGCCAUCCAACAUCUGCUUAAAAACCUUCAAUGAAGGGGAGUCCACCAGCUUCUGAGGGAGUCCAUUCUGCUGUUGCAUAGCUAUUACUGUCAAAAAGUUAUUUUUAACAUUUGGUUGGAAUCUCCUUUCUUGUAAUUUGAUUCCAUUGGUUUGUGUCCUACCCACCAGGGCAGUAGAAAAGAAGCCUGCUCCAUUUCCCAUGUGACAGACCUUUAGAUAUUUGAAGAUGGCUAUCAUAUCACUUCUCAGUCUCCCCUUCUCCGGGCUAAACAUACCCAACUCCUUCAACUGUUGCUCAAAAGACUUGGUUUCCAGACCCUUCAUUUUGGUUUCCACCCUCUGCACACUCUUCAGCUUGUCAAUAUCCUUAUAUUGUGGUGCCCAGAACUGGACACUGUACUCCAGGUGGGGUCUGACCAAGGUAGAAUAAAGCAGUACUAUUACUUCCCUUAAUCUGGACACAAUACGUCUGCAGCUGUGAUAGAGCAAUGUAUCACCAGCACAUUACUGAAAAUGUACUCCAGAGCUCUGGGUGAGCCCAUUCAGUAUAGGAAAACCUAAACCAGCAGCACUGAGGACUGUAGGGGCUGAACAACACCCCCCAUCACCAGCCUCUGAAAAUAUCCAUCCCGAAUUGUAUUGGAACCACUGAAAAGCAGUACUGCCUACUCUCUAUUUGGACAGUCACAAAUACUGUGGUCAAUGGUAUAGAAAGCCACUGAGAGAUCAAGGAACAGUAACAGAGACACACGCCGCCUGUCUUUCCUGACAAAGGUCUUUGUGACCAAGGUGGUUUCCAUGCCCAAACCCUGAUUGAAAUAGGUCUGAAAAGUUAGUCUUACACAAGAGAGCCUGGAUCUGACCUGCAGCCAUGCACUCAAGAACGUUGCUCAAGAAACAAACAUUGGCAACUGGUCACUAAUUGUUUAGAUUAUGGAUCCAGGAAAGGUUUCUAAUGAGUGGUCUUACCAUCACCUCCUUUUGGCAAGCAAGGACCACCCCUUCUUGCAUGGCCAAGCAAGCUGCUGCCUCCUUGUUAGAUUUUACCAGCCUUGAAGAGCAAGAGUAAGAACAGAAACGGUCACCUGUGCUGAUGCCAGCACCUUGUCCACAUCCUCGUGCUUUACUAACAAACUCUGGAUGGCACUUGAGAAUCGUAUGCUAAAAUAGUGGAGUCAAGGUCUCAGCUGAUUCAAGUGAUUUUAUCUUCAAAUUGCUCUGCAAACAAAUCACAGCAAGCCACCACUGGUUUUAGCUCAGCUAGAUUAUCAUUAGGAUUUAUUAAAUUUGUAUACUGCCCUUCAUCUCAAGAUCCCAGGGCAGUUCACAACAGAUAAAUACAAAAUGAGAAUACAAAAUACUUUACAUACUAAAUAAACAAAAGGAAAAACAAACCAAUAACCCACAAACACAUUGGAAACAAAGUAAGCUUUAUACUGCCUUCAUUGCCACCGAGUAAACUUGAUAAUGAGCACUCACUAGUUUUCUGUUGCAUUCGCCUGAAGAUUUUCUCCACUUGCAUUCAAGUCGUCUUCCAGCUUGUUUCAUUGCCCAAACAGGGUUCUAUCAAGUGGCAGAGGGAACUCGGGGGAUUGUGUCAGUGGCCCAGAUCAUCCAUGUUUUCUACAGGCAACCAGGGCCAGUCAUAUCAGCUGGAAAAGCCUCCAUAGGGUCUGGGAACUAAUUGAAUCCUUCAGCCUCCAAGGACAUUCCCCUGCCUCUGUGGAGGGGGAAAGCUGCUGAAAACCUAAAAUGCAACAGGAAGUGAUCUGAUCUUGACAGUGGACUGGAUCACUCUCCGAUCACCCUAUUUCUGCUCAGUUAAUGAAAUCAGAUGUAUAGGCUAUGGCCUGCUACAUGUGUGAGGCCAAUGGCCUGUUGAGACAGUGCCAUGGUUGUCAUGGCAGCCAUGACGUCCUGAGCUGUCCCAGAUUUAAUGGCCUCAGCAUGGAUGCCGAAGUCCCCCAGAACCAACAGUCUGCGUCUCCUCAACACCAUAUCUAUGGUUUUAAUUUUUUGAUUGUUUUAAUGGCUUUUACUUAUAAUUUCUUGUUUUAUUAUGUUGGUUAACUGCUUCAAGGUUUUUUUUUACAAUCAAGUGAUAUAUAAAUUUUAUGACAGAUGUAAUGGCAAACUGUGGUUAGUUUACAAAUGAAAGCAAAUGUUUCUAUCUUCCUUGAGGUUGAUCAGGGGAAGGGAGAGUACAUGGGCCUUGGGGUUGUCCAAGUUAUUUUCCAUAUUGCUAAUCUUUGGCUUAGGCAUACUUUCAAACUCUCUCUUUGCAUAUUGUAAGAUGGUUAAUUAAUAUAAUGCAACUAAUUUUUUACUAAUUCCUGACCUGUUAUUGGAGAAGAUAACAAUAGGUAUUUUCAUUGUUUACUUUUUAUCUUCUAUGAUUAGGUAGUAUCUAGUAUGAAAAUUCAAAAAAUCAUUCGCAUAUUCACAGUCAGAUAUUUGUCUUCCAAAACAUACAAAGCUACCUUAUAUUGAGUCAAAUAAUUGGGCCAUCUGCCCCACUAAGGUGGCAGUGGUUCUUGGCCAUCUUAGGGAGACGUCUUUCCCAGCCUUGAUGUCCUUUUAAGUGGCAAACCAGAGUUUGAACCUAGAAUCUUCAGCAUGCAAAAUAUGUGCUUAUCUACUAAGCUUCCUCCCACCCCAAUCCCUAGGCAAUGUGUUUUUGCAUCAUAAUCAUAGAACUUGGGAGGGACCACAAGACUUGCUGGCUUCUGAAGACAAUUGUAUAGGCAUGAGCCAGAGAACAAAAAUAACCCAGUGAUGCUGUGGUCUCCACUAUUGUGACAACUGUUUUUUUGUCCAUAGUUCAGCAAUCGGCAAGCACUGGGAGGCAGAACUUGCAACACUCAAGGGUAACAAUGCCAAGCUUACAGCAGCUCUGCUCGAGUCCACUGCCAAUGUGAAACAAUGGAAACAACAGCUUGCUGCAUAUCAAGAGGAAGCAGAACGUCUACACAAGCGGGUAAGUUUAAAGCUUUUGACUACAUAUUGUUAGUGGAUCUGCAUGUUAUGAACUAAGAAAAAGGUGCAGUAAAAAUCUUCUGGUCAUCUGACAAUAGCAUUCAUGCAAGCUGAGCUUUAUUUUCUCUUCUGAUGAAAUAUAUUAUAAACUUUUCAUGUAAUAAAUUAUCCCGUAGUAAUAAAUUAUAUAUUAUUGUAUUAUAUAGUUUGAGUUUUAUCUAACAAAUCAUAUAAAUAUGUAUUACUAAGUGAUGUCUAUAGCACUGGGUCAGACGUAUAAGAUUAAUCUAGUGUACUUGGACUUGCCUGUAUGUGAGUCACUUUAAACCAUAGCCAAGCAUUAUUUUGGUUUAAAGGUGAAUGUGCAGUGUACUGGUGCAUGGGGCUAAAAUCGUGGGCAACUUUGCUUCUCUUCUUCUCAUGCUGCUGCUUCAAUGCUGGAAGCUAAACCAUGGUUUGGUUUGGUUUAGCGUUAGGUCUCAACCUGGGCUCAUGGUUUUUCUUUCUCCAAACAAACCAUGAGCUGCAACCUACUGUAAGUUUGCUUUUGUGAGCUUGUGCCCAUUAAGACAACUGAAACCAGUGCAAAAUAGCUGGAAAAUAAAUUCUUUAUUCAUGGAGAAGUGCAGGGGCAAACUAUCUCAGUCCAGAUAUAUGGCAGGCACAGUGUCAUUUUGUCUGUGUAUAUUUAUGUGCCUUGUGAAAUGGUAGCAAGCACAAUUUUUUUCACUUUAUAUACUGCAUUGAUUAAUAUUCAACUGAGCACUAAUUCGAUAAACUCAUAAUGUAGACAACUGUGGAUAUUCAAAAUGAUCUGCUCUCUUUUUCAUCUCUUGUUGUUUCAUUUAUCCUCUAGUUUGUACAUUCCUCCCACUCUAAACUAUAUUCUCUCUUUAGAUCUGUUAAUAAGAUAAACUAAGGCAAGUUAAGUAACUGCAUGAAUUAAGAUUCUGUAAGGGUGAAGGCAUAUGUAACAUUUUUAGAAGAGCAUUUGCCCAGGAAGGACAUUCACCGCAUUCAGUUCAAACAUACCUUGUUGACCUCUGGAGGGAAAUAGCUCUGCAAGGAUAAAGUAGAAGCCUGCAAUGUACUCUUCUGCCCAGCUGUUCCUCUUGGUGUCAUCCAGAAGCAAAUACUCCUAGAGAAGUUUUGUGCUUUUGAAUUUUUUUCCCGUCUUCAAUUUAUGAGUUGACAAGUGAGCAGAUUAAAAUAAAAGUAAAAAGUGGAUAGCCAUCUGAAGUAUGGGAGGGAAGGUCAAGAAUGUUGGCUGAGCUCAUGCAUGAUUUGUUGGUAUGUGUGUCUGUCAUUUCAGCUGUAGAGCUGGAAGGAAGCCAGUCUUGCAUUGCUGUUAGAAACACCCUUGGUACUGUUUUGUUACAUCAAGUUUUAUUAAAUGUGUUGGAAUUUUGGGUGGGUGAUGGUUGUAGACAAAAGGGAGCUGUAUUUUGUAUGCAAAUCUGUUAAAGCCCAACAUCACUGGAUGCAAAAGAUUUUUCUAUGCAUAUCCCAUUCUCCAGGGAGGAUCACUGCAAAGUAUUUAUCCCAGCAUGCCACUGUGAUAAGAACCUUUCAGAGGAUAAAGGAUGGAAGUUCUGAAACUGUCUAAGGGGCAAACUACAUAUCAUAUGCAAAUGUUUGUAACAAAUCCCUGACAGCUGCAUUUCUGAAUAAAAGUGGGUUGGGAGGGGCAUAUCUUCAGUAGAAAAGUGAGGAAAGGCUUUUAACCCUUUCCCUGACAGCUAGUUUCUCAUACAAGGAAAUACAGUGGUACCUCGGGUACAGAUGCUUCAGAUUACAGACGCUUCAGGUUACAGACUCCGUUAACCCAGAAAUAUUACCUCGGGUUAAGAACUUUGCUUCAGGAUGAGAACAGAGAUCGUGCAGCGGCAGUGCAGUGGCAGCAGGAGGCCCCAUUAGCUAAAGUGGUGCUUCAGGUUAAGAACAGUUUCAGAUUAAGAACGGACCUCCGGAACGAAUUAAGUUCUUAACCCGAGGUACUACUGUAGAUAUUUGCAUCCUGAUGGUAAUCAGGAUGAUAAUCAGCUAGGAUAAUUUGGAAAAGAGAAGUCUGUCUGUUGGGGAAAGGCUUAAGCGCCUGCUCCCUAUCUAAUGCUUCGCUGCUCAAAAUGGUUCUCUCCCAAAGCCUAUUUUCUUCAGAAAAGUGGCUGGAGGAGCAGCAUUCACACGUGGUUCUUUUUGUCUCUAAAAGACUGUAGUCUUGUUCACAUUUGUUUCACUAAAAUCCAUCCAAGCAAGAUGUUUCAGUAAGCUUCAGUACUGUUUUUUGUAUGGACACAAAUUGCUGACAGGCAAUAUUGCUGAAAGGCCUAUAGCCUUCACAAUGCUUAGUCGUUAACCCUUGAUCCACCCUCUUUUCUGGGAGCAGCAGACUUCAAAGCUGUAAGGAUGAUUGAAACAGGUACAUCAAGAGCCUCUAUAAUAUUAAUAUAAAUAAAAACUUCAGAAUAUUUGACAGGUACAGUAAGCACUUUGUAGCCACUGUAGGUGUGGGAGCAUCUCUCAUUCACCAUGAAGAAACUACAUUGUCCAAUUCACUCCAUGUUUUUAAGCAUGUUCAUGUGCCUAUAAAUACAAUUUAAACUUAAAGAAAUAAGAAAUGUGUAUUUUGCAAAAGCUGGAUUUGCAGGCUAUACCUCCCUGCCACAUUGUUUCCUACAGUUUUCUUUCCUCCCUUUCCUAGUAUAGUGUCUUCUUUGUUUUGUGAAAUUAUUGACUUCAGUUAUAAUAACAGAGGGUUAGUUAUGAAGUUGGCUGCAUGUUUAUGCUGAGAAAUGUGUAUAAACGUGACCAUAAAUCACACCAGGGAAGGCUCCUGCAGUGUGCUGUCCUCUUUGGGAAUUACUAAGCGUAGCUGACAGACACGGCCAAACUAAUAAAUCCAACUCUCCAAGGAAACCUAGGACAUGUUUGUAUUUAAAAAACAAAUCAACUUUAAUUUGUGAUCACCUCAAUAGCUGUAGUGGUGAAGCAAAACAAGGUAAAGUUGGGAAAUCAAAGUGCCUAUUCCUGUAAAAGGCUGACCACACACUGUUUGUUACUUCCUUCCUUCCUGGGCUACUUCCAUCCUCAGCAAUAGCAGGUUUUUCUGGCCCUCUCUCGCCCUGGCAUAACUGGUCCUCAGGAAUGUUUAGUAGGUGACAGGCAAGCCUUAGGCAGAGAGCACAGGUUUCGUGGCAUUUUUUUCCCUUUCCCUUUUCCAUCUCGCCAUAAAACUAUGGCCCUUUACUGAUAUGCAGUGUAAACCUAUCCACGUAUAUGCCAAAGGAAGUCAUAAUGUAUUCAGUGGUGCUUACAUCCAGUUAAGUGUGCAUAGGAUUUCAACUUCAGUUUUCUUUCGCAUCCUUCUGCUGGUGGAAGACUUUGAUCCAGUGAAGGCUCUUGUCAUCAGAAUGCAGGGAGAAACAAAGUUUGCUGCUUCCCCUCCUUCUGUACCCAGGCUGUUGCAAAGGGUCAGCUGGCCUCUAGAGCAGAUUUUGCAUAGCGAUAUCCUCAAAGGAUGAGGGGGAAAGGUGAAAAUGGUCUCCCUUACUGUUUCGCUUACCGAAGCCUCUACUGAAUUAAAGAGGCUUUUGUUAGCAUGGGAAUACUAUUGGUUAUCCCUUAAUUAAAGCAGUAAAAUAUUAAAUAUUAAAUAUAUUAAAGAAAUAAAACAUAGUGUAGUCCUUCCACCCUCAACCAGGUGAAAAAAAAUGCCCCAAAGCACAUCUUUGUUCAUAGUCCUUUAUUGGCAUUACUGGAAGACUUAAUUUGCCAGGGAAAGUGUGUCCCUUGUUGUUUUUUCUUUAUUUGUCCAUCCAGUAAGAGCUGGAAUUGUAGAAUUUGAGGUUAGCCAUGCACAUGAGAAGAAUCCAAUUAAUGCAGAAUCUUAUCAUAGUUGAUACAUUCAUAUUGUAGGUGAAAAAACAAACUGCUAAAUGUGUCAGCUAUUCUGUGCAUGUUUUGUGCCCAGUACUGUUUAAAUUGUCACAGGCUUUCUGAAUAUUCUACAUUCCACUUGGAGUGUUUCUCCCAAUUCCUGCUUCAGCUUCUUGCCCAAGUAUCAUGAAUGUUCUAGGACAGAGGAUAUUGUUUUAACAGGUCCUGGAACAUCAGUUAUAAUAAAAACAAGCUAAGGAAACAGAGCAAAACAAAAUUUCAUCCAUACAUUUUGCCUGGGGCCAUUAUCCUUUUGUUUGUUUGCUCCCACUUUCAGUUGUACAACUCUUGUACUGCAGUGCUAUGCAAUUGCUUGUUUUGUAGAUUUUGAGUGCUGUAUAUACAACUUACCAUACCUUCCAUGCAUAGUUUAAGUUGAUCAUUCCCUCCUGGAUACCUAGAAAUGUGACCUAUAAACCUAUAAACCAAAGGAUUUCCAUUUCAACUGAUGUAACACCUAUUCUCAAUUGGAGUUUUAGAAAUAGAAGAAUGUAUACAUUUAUAAAUGGGAGCUCCACUCUAUUUUGCUUUUUCACAUAAGGCAGAGGUUUUCAACCUUUUUGAGUCCAUGGCUCCCUUAACCAAUUACAUUCUUUCUGCAGCACCCCGUGGGGCUCAGGAGCCCAGUUAUGUCACCCCUUGCCUGCAGAGCUGGCAGCCUCUCACCCUUUUUCAAACACCCUCCCACUUGGAGUGUUCCCUCAGCCUCCUCUCCUCUCCCCUCUUCUUGGGAGUCCUCUAGGCAGCAGCUGCUGCUGCCCUUGGCCUCUAAGCCCCGCCCCCCACCCAAAAGAGAGGUGCCUCCCAGAGGCACCAUUCACCUGUAGAGUUUAUAGCCAGGGCUGCUGUAGUAAACAGCUGUGCAAGCCUUUGGGACGCAGAGACACAAGAGAGCGUCAGUGGAGGGAGGGAUGGAAAAAGGGACAGAGGCCAGUGUUGCCCACAGCACCCCUGACCGUCAUUCAAGGCACCCCAGUUGAAAACCACUGACAUAAGGGAUUGAUUACAAACAACAGUGCCUUCAUGAAAGUACAUAAUUAUAUUACAAGUUGCCUUUUUUAACCUAAGGGAAGUUUAAAAGCAACUUUGGAUAUAUCAGGAAUGGAUAAGCAGAAUUAGAUAGAAAUUGUUAUAUGGGUCUUCUAGUCAUGCUUUGCUCGAUUGGGGUUUAAGAGUACAGUAAUUGUAAAUUCUGCUGAUACUACCCUUCUUUUAAAGCAACAUGCUGGUUGUAUAUUUGUUGUAAGCACAUUUUGCAGAGAGUUCAUAUUUUCUUGUGUUUAGGUAAAUUAACUAACUAACUAACUAACCAAUUAACUAUUGGAAUUCUACAUGUUACCACAAUGUGUUAAGGUUAAAAGUGCACGCAAAAAUGGUUUCUACACUGAAAAUGUAGAUUCUAAGCUUUCAGAUAUCCUUGGACAAUUUUUCAACCCCCUGGCAAUCAGGAAUUGUCUAACUAACAUCAAGGAGACAUUACUUGAAAUAUAGAAAACUUUUAUUUGAAUUGUUUGAUAUUUGACUUCGUUCUUCAUGUAAUGAGUUGUGUGAUGUUUCUUUUUCCUCUCUCUUUUUAAAAACUUUGUAACAAGACCCUUGAGAUUUGUAUUCUGAUUACUUUGGAAAUCUGGAUUAGUCUUCUUUAGCAAUACCUUUUAACAUAGUAAGCACACCAGCAUCUUUUAGCAUCAUAUUGCUAGAAGCCAAAGAGUAAUUUGGUUUAUGACAAUAGGGCCUAAAUCCAGUUAGAGUCAUGUGUGCUGUUAAACCAUUGUAAUUAUCAGAUGAUCAGGACCAAUACAUUGGCAGUAGAUCCUAAUUAAUGGUUUUCUGUGAACAUGCAGAUGUCUCUGGCUUCACUACUCCCAUAGCAUAGGCAGGAGCAACAGACCACAAUCUCUGGUUUAGCAUGAUAUCCAAAGACCCAGUAUGAAACUGACUGGGCUUGUAUUUGAGAGCACAGUCGGGCCUUUUGUGCGGUGGUGAAGACAGAGAAGGCUUAGUGUGCUGACUGCACUGCAUAUCUGAGUAGCUGGCUAGCAGAACUGUUCCAUGUGGUGAGAGGAAUGUUGACAUCUGUCCCAGGGAAUAGUGUUGGAACCAUGGGAGGCCUGCUGUGACGAGUUUGACAGGCCUUUGAGGAUAAAAGUACUUGUCUUCAUGCUGAGUUUAGUGCCACCAUUAUUAUAGAGCCAGGGAGCUGUCCAGCAAAACAUACUGCCCAAUCCUGUGGGAUUGGCUUCAGCUGAUGAGGCCUGAAAAUAUGGACAACGUGCUUGCAGCUUUUUAGCCUAAAAUAUGCCCCCCCUCUGGCAACCCCUGCCCAUUAUGGCUUAUUUGAGCUGGUCUGGGUUGAAGGUGGGAAGGUGGCCAGGUAACCUAAUGAUGAUGAUGAUGAGGAGGAGGAGGAGGAGGAGGAGGAUUUUUUAUUAUUUAUACCCCGUCCAUCUGGCUGGGUUUCCCCAGCCACUCUGGGUGGCUUCCAACCGAAUAUUAAAAACACAGUACAGCAUCAAACAUUAAAAACUUCCCUAAACAGGGCUGCCUUCAGAUGUCUUUAAAAAGUAAGAUAGUUGCUUAUUGCCUUGACAUCUUCUGAGAGGGCAUUCCACAUGGCAGGCACCACCACCGGGAAGGCCCUCUGCCUGGUUUCCUGUAACCUCACUUCUUGCAUUGAGGAAACCACCAGAAGGCCCUCACCGCUGGACCUCUGUGUCCAGGUUGAACAAUUAUUGCUUCUACCCUAAAAAAGGGGUCCUGGAGUUGCUAGUUACAGGAUUUUUAUAGUAGCUAUGUCAUGGAAAACUCACUUUCUACAUCUCAGGCCAGAAUUACACGCCAGCCAACUGAUUUUUCUAUAGGAAUGUGAGAUAGGCAUCAUUUUCUCUUCCACCCCGUAUUUGUCAUAUGCAGCACUGUUUCCAUUCUGCUGCAGUUCAUCUUCCGUCAAAUGCUGUUAUUCGCCUUGCUGUCUGCUGUGGGAAAAUUUCAUAUUUUACAUAAUGAAUUUGAAACUUCAUAUGCAUGUUAAGACAGGCUCUGGUGGGUUGAGUGGAUGAGACCAAUAGUGGGUCCAAUGGUCAAGAAGGCAGUUGGAUAGUGUCUUGUACGCCUCCUUCCAACAACUCCUUAGGCCCAGCUGGUACCAAACAUAUUGCUGUGCUUUCCUUUGCUCCACAUCAGUGAGACCAAGAGAAGGAUCUUGUCGUCUGGGCAGCCCAGGAUCUCCAUACACACUGCCCAGGCUUGCAUCCCAGGGAGGUCAGUUUGGUGGCAUGACCCUGCUUUGCUUUAAUCACAGAGAGUUUCUUCUCUAUGAAAAGGGAUACAGUCUGCCUGACUUCUAGUUUCCCUUCUAGUUCAACUCCCCACCGCAUUCUGUGAGCUCACAUGUUGUGGUUGAGCUGUUUUUAUUAAUUUCCGUUUUCUCUUUCUCUACAAACCUCUGUACUUCUGAGUACCUAGGGAGUCCGCAAAGCAUGCAGAAAUUACAGCCUUGUAUUUGAGUGGCCCCAUUUUGCUUCCAAAAUGAUAGGCGCUCAAACACCUGAGCUUGCUAUUAUGUGGAAUGGUGAUAGUUAAAUGAGACCUUUGAAGUUAAAAGCAGUAUGCCUCUGAAUACUGGAUGUUGGGAAUAAUCAGUGGAGGAGGUGUGUUUCUUUCAUGGCCUGCUAGUGGGUUUUCUGCAGGCCUUUGGCUGGUCAAAACAGUGCCGGAUUAGAUGAACCCUCUUACCCAGCAGAGUUUUUCCUUUGUGCUUAUGUUUUAAUGCCCUCAAGUCACAUUCAGAAGAUUUGGCUGCCGUUAAAUAAAAUUUAGCAUUGGGCAUAAUCCAGAGAAAGUUAAGCAUGCUUAUGAGUUGUUGAACUUAGUGCUACAUUAGCAUUUAAUGGUACAGUUAGGUCCCACUAGAGAAAGUUAAGCAUACUUCAAUUCUAUUAAUGUUUUCUACAAGCACCUGAGUGACAACAUGCACAUGGUCUGUAGAAUUGUAAGUAUUGAUGUUUAAAUCACAUUGUUUUAAGCGUCCAUUGGUUUUGUUGUAUAGUGCUGGUGGAAAAAAUGCAGAGGUUAAUUAGAAUUUUGGGGAAGUCUUUGGAUGGUAAAGGUUAAUGAAUUACUAAAGUAUAGGGCGAUAUCUAAAUUCAAUGAAGAAGAAGAAGAAGAAGAAGAAGAAGAAGAAGAAGAAGAAGAAGAAGAAGAAGAAGUAGUAGUAGUAGUAGUAGUAGUAGUGUGGGGUUAAAAGCUUUGUGUGAAUCAUUUUAGCAAACUAGUUCCACAUCAUUCUAUUAUAUAGUGUCAACUAGAAGAGUGCAGUUUGAAGGAGAAUAGUCUUCAUAAUUAAAUAAGCCAUUCUUAGGUUUAUAUUUAUCACUUUAAUUCCCAGCCAACCCAUUAUUCGAUUCAAACUUCGCCACUUUUAGAAGCACUAGCAUCAGGCACAGCACUUAAACAGUGCUCCACCAUCAUUUCAUAAAAUACUGUGCAAAGCUAAUGAAACCAUUUCAAUAAGUGUUAAUGCUGUGAUACAGAUGCUUAGUAAAGCAGAAAUGUCCCAUAUAUUCCUAUAAUUGUAUAUUUAUCAUUUGUAUUUAUUUUUACAGGUGACUGAGCUGGAGUGUGUUAGUAGUCAAGCAAGUGCGGUCCACACACAUAAAACAGAAUUAAACCAGACAAUACAAGAAUUAGAGGCAACGCUGAAGAAAAAGGAAGAGGUACUCGCUUGCAUUUGUUAAUUGACUUUUUAAUAGCCCUGAUUAUUUAUCUUAUACACCAUUCAUAGUAUUGCAUUUUAAAAUGGUUGUGGAAAUCGGAAUAAUUUUUAAAAAUAAUGUUUCAGUCUGGGACUGAUGAUGAUGAAAAAUCAAUCAGUUUCUUAAAGGUAAGCUUAGCUUGCAUCAAAAUAAGUUGUCUACCAGUAAUUUGUUUUUUGUUUUUUUAUUCUGUUGACUAACAUCCAGAAUGAGAUAACAUCCAGAAAAUUCUUUGCAUAGGGAAAAACAUUUAGAUAAAUAUGGGUUGUUCCCCCCCAAAAAACACACAUUUCUUUCAAAAGUCAGUAGCUUUCCUCUGUCCUUCUUAGAAAUGUGAAAGCAGGCUGACAAACAGGCCAUAACUCAUUUCUAAAAGAUGGCUUUUAUAUACUGGUUCAAAGUGCCUGAAGAGUCAGGUGUAUUAGAGUUAAAAGUACUUCCUCUAGUGAUGAUGAUCGGCAGACUGACCCCUGCAGUAUGAGGCCAUGCAUUGGUGGGAAGUUCAAAAAGCGUCUUUGUUGCCUUUGGCAAACCGCACUCACUUCCCCAAAGAGUGAAUAAUAGGUAGGGAUUGCUUUUUAUAUCACUUCUCUAGUCCUAGAAGCACGCUAUUAUUUCGCUGUCAGUAAUUGGCGCCAGAUGUUUCAGAGGACAGUUCAAGAUAUCUCACUGCAGUUCCGAAAUAGCAUGCCUUCAGGGAAGUUUCUUCCUCGUCACCUAACUGCUAGACAUUUAUUGCACAAAGAAGUGUUGAGAUGUUCACUACUUCCACAGAUGUCUACUUUUAUUCUUGAAAUCAUUCUCUUCACAGAAGGCAAGUUAGGCUCUAAGCCAACGUUAUUAGUAUCUAGCCUGACUAAAUGAUUCCAGUGUUGCUUUAGACUUGGUCAUGAAUUGUUGCAUAUAUUUCAUUACAAUUCCUCUGGCUUUCUUCUUGCUAUAGAAUAGACAGAUGUACACAGUCCCUUGUAACUGAAAUUUCAUCUUUGUUCUUUGCAGCGUUCCCUCCCUGGUGUCUUUAGCCCUGAAAAACUGACUCUCUGGCAGCCGAUUCUUAUGACUCAAUUACAGCUAUUGCUAUUUCUAUGCUUAUGAACCUGAAGCACAAAUGAUGCUUCCUACUGGGAACUGUGCAUGUUUUGAGAAGCAUGCUGAAGUUCAAAGCUCUAGGGCUGGCCAGAUGGCUCUCAGGGUGAUUCAGUUUGGCCCACCCUCUGACUCUAGUUUCACUGCAUAAGUACCUGUGAAAAAUACCAAUGGGUUCUGCAGCAUUGGCAACCCUGUCUUGUGUGUCCUGAUAUGAUGAGGAGGAUUUGUCCAGGAUGAAAGUUAGGUUGACUUUGGAUAAUAUGCUGUUUUAUCCCCUUUAGGAAAUAGAAAAAUUGAGACAAGAAAUUGACAAUGCCAGAGAACUUCAGGCACAGAGGGACUCUCUAACUCAGAAGUUACAAGUAAGUUACAGGGUGAAUAGGGUUGUAUCUGCUUGUAGAUAACAAUAAAAAAGAGGAAAGAAGUUGGAUAAUUUUGGAUCUUGAAGACUUGUACAGACAGACAGUUUGGGGUUGCAGAAUAGCCCCCACCCCCUUACUGCUUUGAUGGGGCUAACUGUGUUCCUGCAGUGUUUGUGUGAACAUUGUACAAGUGUGAUGGAAGAAGGGAAGCUUUGUCACUGCGCAGGGAAAGCCCGUUCACAUUAAACAAACAAGCAAAUCAUGAGGAUGAGUGUCCUAGUGCUGGAGAGAAGGACUGUACAUCUUUCAAGGGGGGAGAAAACAAAUAAAAGAAGUGAUAUGCUCUGGUGUGGGUAUGUGAAUUCCCUUUCAGACUUCCUUUUCUUAAUAAAAGGUUACAUACCGUAUUUUCGCUCUAUAGGACGCACCGGACCAUAGGACGCACCUUGUUUUAGAGGGGGAGAACAAGAAAAAAAAAUUCUCCCCCUCUCUGCUCAGUGCCCCUUCAGCGAAGCGGCAGGAGAAAUAGAGCCCCUUCCAUUUCUCCUCCCGCUUGGCUGAAGGGGCGCUUCUCAGCUCUCCCUCUCUGCUGAAGCCAGGAGAGUCUUGCUCUCCUGGCUUCAGCGAAAGGAACCUGAAUCCUGUGGAGUGCAGCAGGAACUUGCGCUGCGCUCCGAAGGCUUCAGGCGGCUAUCCCUGAAGCCUGGAGAGCAAGAGGGGUCGGUGUGCACCGACCCCUCUCGCUCUCCAGGCUUCAGUGAAAGCAAUGCGAAGCCUCCAGAGCGUGGAGGGAGCGCUCCCUCUGCACUUCAGAGGCUUCAUGUUGCUAUCGCUGAAGCCAAGGAGCCUGCAUUCACUCCAUAGGACGCACACACAUUUCCCCUUCAUUUUUGGAGGGGAAAAGUGCGUCCUAUAGAGCGAAAAAUAUGGUAAGUAUUCCUAGAGUUCCAGGGUGGUCCAAUGUGUGGCCCUCAAGGCCUAUUUUGGCGGCUUUCAGCAACAUUGGAUGUCCCGUACAGCCCUCACUUUGCCUUCCCAAAGCUGGGUAAGCCAGGUGCUGGGCUUUGAGAAGGAGGUGUGAGGGCUCUGAUAGGCUCCUGGAGUCCCCCUGCCUCCUUCCUAGUUAGCACUUUCCCAGCUUUGGGGAGGAGGUGGGAGGGCUCUAGGACCAUGCCAGAGCUUUAUGCCUCUUUUCCAAAGAAAGGCCCUUAGAGUUGAAUUUCCAGAUCAGGCCAAGAUCAGCAAAGAAUUACAAGCCCAAGAACACAAGCUGUUCCUAGAUAAUCCUCCCAUCUCAUGCAGACAGGUCAACAGAAUGCUCAGAUGCAAUAUGAGCUUAAGUUACUUGGGGAUAUUUGAUGGUUGGGAACACUGCAGUGUAUUUUCUUGGGAAGAAGCAGAAGAGGGCUGUCUAGAGCAGGGAGGGUUGGGGAACAUGUGGGCAUUUGAACAUAGUUGCGCUCUGACCGCCAUCACCCCUGACCAUUAGCCAUGCUGGCUGAAGCUGAUGGGAGUUGGGGUCCAUCAACAUCUGGAGGGCCAAAAUAAAGCCUUCUGUUGAUGCCUUCCUGAGCAGGUAAAAAUGCUGAAAUUAGUAUCUGGAAAUUUGGACUGCAUUUUAUAUUUCUAUUGAAUGGCAAACAACCAAACUUUGAUAAGCAGGUAGGAGUAAUUUCUGCUAGAACACAAACACUUCCUCUUACAUAUCUGUUGCAAUUUAUGCUGGGAAUUUUGGCGUUCAUAGCUUUUGAAGCUGCAUUCUUUAACAAAUUGCUGCAGGCCUUGAUGUCUUUCAUCUCUUCAAAUGAGCGUAUGUUUUAGAUCUUGAUUGCCUGUAGAUUCUGUGUUCUCAAAACUGACUGGUCGAGUUACUUGGAGAUAAGCAGUAAGAUUAUAUACACACUCAAAUGAUGUCAUGGUCUGUUAUUAGCCAAAUGCUGCACAGUGCAUUUUCAUUUGACAUGUAUCACCAUUCAGUGGGAUCUAUGCCCUUGACAAACUUAAAAAAAAAUAUUCUUAAAUAAGUGCAACAAAAGAAUCCUUUGCAAAACAAUUUUACGUGGUUACAUGAUUACAUGUUCUUUCCUACAGGUAACUCUUAUGCUUAUUUUACUUACGUGAUCACAGCUUUGUGUGGGGCUUGGGGAAGGAUAAAUAAAUAAGGAGCAGAGGAAAUCCACCCCCACCCACCCCCAUGCAAAGCUGUGGUUGUGGACUUACAUGGCUUUGGGAAGACGGUGUGAGCACUUUGGCAGCAUCCUGGAGCCCUCUCACUGCCUUCCCAAAGCCAGGCCAGUGCUAACUUUAGGAAGGUUCUCUUGGACACUGGCAGAGCCCUCCCACCUUCACACAGCCAUGUAGGCAACUUGGGUGGGAGGGAUGAGUUCUUAACUACCAUUUAAAAUCCUGUUAACAAUGACCUGGUUCCUGACACUGCCAAAAACAAAGUUUUCCUUUUAAAUCCAUUUGUAAUUAAAUGAUGUUUAAAUGAUAAAAUAUAUAUUUACUAAGAUGCUAAAUCAUAUUGUGUUGGCUAGUCCAUGCAUCUCUAUUUAUCCUCCAUUCCCUUCCUAAUUGUAUGUGAGGCAGUGGCGAAAGCACACUUCUGUCUAUGCUAAUCAUGGUAUAUAGCAUGCGGCCAUUUUUGUGAGCACUCUGACGGGGUCCUAGACUCCUCCUUCCUCCUUCCUCCAUCCCAAAGCCUAGUUAGCUUUUUCCCAGCUUUGGGGAAGGGGUGGGAGGGCUCUAGGACCCUGCUAGAGUCUCUAUGUGUCAAAUUUUGGCCUCACCACUGCCCCCCAACCAACAAAGCAGUGUGGGGCCUACAGCUUCUGGGUUAAAGUUCUGUUGCAGCCCACUUGGUAUGAAAAGUUGGACAGCCCUGAUGAAGAUGCUAUCCUACGUAGCUACCUCCAAUUAGGAAUGUGAACUUCAAUCUCCAUUUGUGUGUAAGAGAUAACCCUGUUGAGCCUGAUGAUCACUCCAGCUCCAUGUUAACUGUACAGAAAACUGAUAAAGAUAAUACUGUAUUUACAAAUGACAUAUAUCGCUUCUUCUUCUUCUUUUUUUUAAGGAAGUGGAAGUUCGAAACAAGGACCUAGAAGGACAACUGUCUGACCUAGAGCAGCGUCUGGAGAAAAGUCAGAAUGAACAAGAAGCUUUUCGCAAUAACUUGAAAACACUUUUAGAAAUUCUUGAUGGCAAAAUCUUUGAACUAACAGAACUACGAGAUAACCUGGCCAAGCUAAUAGAAUGCAGCUAAAGAAAACGGGAUCUCAGUGCCAACCUUCUUAAAGAUGCACUGUCUCUCUUUAUAGGACUUUGUUGGGCUCUGCAUCAAAGUUGCACAAAAUUAGGAAAACGCUCCUCCAGGAGGGCCUGUUUUAAAUUUUCAACAAUAUAUUUCAGUGUAAAAUUUUAGAAUUCAGCUUGUAGCUAGUUGGGGAAAAAAUAAUAACUUGAACUACAAAUUACCUCCUUGUAUAUAAUUGGCCAUAGAUAACUCGAAAGAUAUUAACAGUAAUUGAAUGCAAUCCUUUUCUAUUAUUAGCCAGUGAAAUAAUGAGAAGUGCCCCAUAUGGCAUCCCUUUUAGUGUUAGACACAUUGUAGAUGAUCUGUCUUAUUUUGUUUUUCUUUUGUUGGUUAAGACACUUAAUUGCUGUGUUUUGUGCAAGAACUUUGCGAUGACAGCCCUCUCUUUUGUUGUAAUCUUAAUAAUUUCUCAGGAUAUUUUGCACUGUUAAGAAAUAGUGCAUUACUAAUUAAUUCUUGCCAGGAGUGAGAGAGAGUUGCAUCUUUAAUUCAUACCUAGUGAGUAACUGCUUGUAUAGAGUUCUUCCCUUUUUUAUACUGGAAGAUACUGUAUUUAUUUACGAUGUUCACUCUGGUGUUCACUAAUAUUGUCCAGUGUAUGGUUUACUUUUCUCUAUUUAAGUUCAUGUAUGUAGAAGUUCUGUGUUCCAUUUUGAAGCCUAUCUAUGAAGACAGGUGAGUCCCUGAAAAGUAUUUUCAAAUUUGCUAUAUACAGAUAAGCAUCAAUCUAGUCUUAUUUAUUAAUACCACAUACGUUUAAUAUUCACUGUUACCAACAUAUGUUUUAAUAAUUCUUUAAACCAAAACUUCUUCAGAGUAAUCAGUGCAGCUUGUUAUAGAUAUAUUGUGGAUACACAGUAAUUGCCAGGGUGUUUACAUUGACCUUGCUCAUUCAAAGAAACUGUAUAAUCACAGGAAAUUGGAGAUCUUUUCCCCUCCUCUUUGAACCUUCACAUCACAUGUUUAUCAGAACCACACCAGGCAAUAUUCUGAAUUUCAAAACAGGAAUUGAAUUCAGUUAUUCUCAGUGAACAUGUUUUUAAGUUGUUUUGAUGUGAUUUACAAAGACUUUUGCCAAACAUGUAUUUCUUUAUAUAAUAUUUUUUUAUUUUAAAGAAAAAAAAAAUGAAAGGUAAGCCAAGUGUCAAAUGUCUGCUUACUGAAUGGGAGUUGCAUUAUGGGACAAUCUUGCUGUAAAUUGUCUAAUAUUGGAGAGGAUUUUUAAAACGAAUGGGGGGGGGGAAAUCAAACACAAAGAUGCACUGACAUUUUCUUUACACCCAAAUUAAUUUGAAUGUUAAAUGCAAAAUCCAGCUUGAAUAUAAACUCUGUACAAUAGAAAUUUUUUUCCACUUAAGGACUGCUAUUCAAAACUAGAUAAUAUAAGUCGGGUUUUUUAUGUGUGUACUGUAUGUAUAUACUGUAUAAUACACGCAUUCUAAUUUGUAUUCAAAGUGGGAGAAAUACAUGGUGGGUUAAUUUAUAAAAUGCCAUUUUCUUUUUCUGUAAUUUAACAGGUGUCUCCUGAAAUGUCAGGAUUACUGUUUAGCUAACAGUAAAUUAUCAUGUAUUAUACUGUAUGUACUGUACACAUCAUUUGAGUUUCAUCCAUAUUUUAGAGUAUUCUGCCACUUAUUUUAUUUAUUACUGGAGAAAAUAUUUGUUCAUUGCAUUCAUAGGUAAAAGCUUUCUAUGGUGAUUUUUUUUUUAUAGCUAGAUGUUAACGAUGUGUAACUUUAUCAGGUCCAGGACAGUAGUGAUUACCUGAUUUUAAUUUACCUGGAGAAGUUUGUACCUGAUUCUCUUGCUAUAUGAGUGUCAAUUGGAAACAUCUUCAGAAAAGUAUAAAAUUGGUGUAAUUGUAGGAGGAAUGAAGUAUGUUCAUGAGUGUUAUUAAUUAUAACAAGUUAGAACAGAAAUUUGAUGGCAAAAAAUGUAACAUUAUUUUUAAUGAGAUCAAAAUUUUUAAUACAAUGACAUUUACAUGUGGGAAAAUAGUUUACAAAAUAUUUCCACUGAAAUGCUGUGUAUAUGUGUGGUACAAGAAAUUUAUUUGUAUAUGUACACAUACACACACAUGUAUAUACAGUACAUGGAAAAAUUUAAAUGUGCACAUUUUUAAUAUUUUCCUAUUGAAAUUAAAUUUGAAAAUUGGAAAUCAAUAUUUGAGAAUUUCUUUUCUCAUGUAUAUUAAGAUGCUUGACUUUGGGUUCUUUUGUUUGUAAAAAUAAAAUCUAUGAGGGCUGCACCAUUGAACUCCCAAAAGUCAUCCAAUAUGUAUAUGGGAUAAGUGGAAUUAAGUGCACAUAUAAAUAAAAUCCUAUUGUUAAGAAUAUUUUAAUGUUCAUUUACGGUAGGUGGGUGUUUAGAAAUUGUAUUCUAGAAAUUGUAUUCUGAAAUUCCUAAUUAGGUGAUCAUACCUACUUUAGCCACUACACUUCUGUAUUAUUAAGGUAAUAAUUGGCAUAAUGGACAAGGUCAUGUUUUCCCCAGAGACUGGUAUUACAUAUUGUAUCUAUCUUAAGAGAAACUGUGGGAAUAUAUAUGCCAGAAAAUGUUGGGUACUGUGGACAAACAAACAAACAAGAAAUUACAUAGGAGAACAAUUACCCUGUGUACUUGUUAUAUGACAAUUAUGGAGACUUGUUUUAAAAAAACACCAUUCUUUUAAAACCCAACAAAUACAGUUUUUAUUUUGAAAUACAAUUGCUGUUCUGGAGAAUGUACUUUACUCAAUUUUUUCUUCUUCAGCUCUUUUUAAGUAUUACAAACUGUUCAAUGGAUGGCAGCGUUUACCUUAAUCCUUCAGGUGCUACUGGAUUUUGAAUUAGAGUGUCAUGUUGUGAAAUUCUGACUUUGACAUAAAAAGGUUUUAUAAGUACAUCCCCGUCUGGAAGUUGGUUAUUGGAGCCUCUUUCUCAUAACUCUACUCCAGAAUAUUCCAAUAUUUCCCCCAACACCUAGUCUGGAUUCAAGUAGAUCCAUUGAAACAAAUGGGACUGAAGUUAGAUGCUUUGAAAUCAAUUGGAAUUAUUAGUCAUGACUAACUUAAGUCUAAUUGGUUUCUGUGGGUCUACAGUAAUCAUGACCAAGUCUGGUUCCAUCCCAACAGUACCUUAACUACAGCAC